GAAAGCGCAUCCACGGCAGCAGCAGCAGCAGCAGCAGCAAUAAAAACCGCGGAGCCAAGUGAGCCUCACGAAAUCAGAAAGAGGGCAAUCCCAACGGACAAGUUUCGUAGGGAGCUGAGAGACUCCCAGCCUAUGCACGCUUUUCUGAGGGGAAAGAUCCACGGUAUUCAAUGCGAUUUACUUCCCAGAUUGCCCUGCUAAGUUUCCUUAGAGGCUGGAAUGGUGGGGCAGAGCGGCGGCUGCAGCCGGUUUUUGAAAUGUAACUUUUUUCAAAGCGAAGACCAAGUUCUCUCAGAGCGCCGGUCUGCUGAGGUAACGCCCACCCUUCUGGUACCGAGAGAAAAGCGAGGGGGAGACGGGAAAGCCCCACCGCCUCUUCCUCCUCCUCCUCCUCCCUGAGGUGGGGCCGGGCGGCCUCUGAGAAGGGCGGGGGGAGGGGGUUGCAGGGAGGAACGUCUCCGCGCUCUGCGCUACUUUGUCCCUGCGAGGCCCCUGUACUACCCGCGGUGCCCAGGCUGGGCGGCUGUGGAGAAAAGUUUCUGCAUGCGCGAAGGGGCUGAAGAGCCGGCCGGGGACCGAGAGGCGGGAAAAAGCCGCCACCGCCGCCGCCACGGCAGGGCAGCGGGGUCGGUGAGGUGUGUGCGUUUGCCGCUGCGAAGCGAGGGGCGAGAGGGGGAAGGAGGGAGGGAGCUAGGGAGGGAGGCUGCAAGUUGUCCGGUUGCCAUGACGACGAAGAGGAUGCCGGCUGCAUUUGGGCGCCCGGAGCGGCCGCUUCCAGGGAGGGGAGCGCAGCAUCUUCGCCGCUUGUGGGCGCUUUUCGGGGCUGCCGGGUGAAGGAGGAACCCGCUUGUGUUUUUGUCAGCUAGUUUCCUUUGGGGUCCCUCACAAGUCACUUAUUCGGAGAGUCUGCCGUGUUAUCCGCUCUCAGAGGGGCCGGCCGGGUUAGGCUGCAGCAGCAAAAGCAACGUAGAGGCUGGAGGCAGCUUACUCUGCUAUUAUAGUUUAAUAAAUCGAUCUAAGGCGUUGCAUGAAUUUAUACGCGGGGUAGGCAGGCUUGUGGAGGACGGAGGAGAGGUACAUCUCCUCUGGCAGUGAUGUUGCAGCUUUAAAUGCACGUGUUAUUUAUUCAUUUGAUUUAUUUAUAAAAGCACUUAUACACUGCUAUAGCGUAAGCCAUCUCCAAGCGGUUUACAGCAAUAGUAGCUGCACAGAAUAAAAGUGCAUUAAAAAUUAAAAUCAGAUGUAUUCUUAAUUGCCUGUGUAAGCUUGGUAGCAGAGAAACGUUUUCUGCAAGCUGAAAUAGAGGGUGCCUGCUGAAUCUCUGUUGGCUGAGCAUUCCACAGGACAGGGUUGAUGACACCAAAGGCUUGGUUUCUUGUUGCUGUCAGGUGAGCCUUGCCAGCUCUGGGGAAGACUAAUGAUGCUCAGUGAUCAAGCCAGGGUAGAAGGGUUUAGGCUGUCCUUAAGGUACCCUGGACGUAAGAUAUUUAAGGCUUUUAAAAUUAAUACAAUGGCUUUGAACCUGGUUUGGUCGUUGAUAUGCAGCCACUGCAGAUGUUUUAACAAAAAUGCCACAUGAUGUUGGCAAUGUGCCCCCAACAACAAUCUAAGUGCCACAUUCCUCACCAGUGAAAGCUUCUGAUCCAGGCCUUAAGGAAGCCCGACACAGAGUGCAAUAAUCCAGCCUUGAGAUUAACAGUAAAUGAACUUCAGUGGCCAGGGUAUUCCAGCAAUAGCUAUAGCUGGUGAAAUAGGCAGAGCAGGUAAAAGGCACUCCUAUCCACAGAGGACACUUGGUGCUCUAGUGACAGAGAUGUGUUGAGGAGUAUCCCCAAGCUAUGCACUUGUUCUUUCUUACCUUGCAACUGAUAAGUUGCCUAUCUCCUGCACACAGAAACUACCUAUCCAAAGAGACUGCCUCUUUUCAGGAAUCAACAGUUUAUUGGCCCUUUCAGACACCGAUCCAGAGCUUUCAUAUGUUCAUAUGAGCUUUCGUAUAUUCAGAGCUUUCUUAUCUCCUGAUUCAGAUGUUAGGGAGCAAUAGACACCUUGCUUUAAAGUUCCUAAUGACUUUCCUUCCCAAUGUGGUGCCUGUCAAAUGAAUAGAUGCCUGCUACUUUAUCUUGCCCUUCAGAGUUAGAGAAAGAAUCAGAUUCCUGGGUGGCAGCAAUGAUUAGGCUUUCAGUCUGCCAAUAGUCUUGGAUUUUUCCAGGCCUUUUAUUCUUUUUUUGGGAGUACAUAACUUUAAGGAAAUAUGUUAUUUCAGAACCUUCUUGUUUCCUGGACUAAGCAGUCCUGGUGCCAUAAGGCAACAUGGAAAGUCUUUUUCAUAAACUCACAGUUCUCUGCAGAAAUAUUACUGCACUUUUGUAUAUUAUUGUUUUGUUACUGUUAUACAAUUCAAAUUGGAAUGUUGUCUCUGUAGUUUUUACAGAAUUGUCUGAAUCAGGAAAAACUAUCCCACCAGUUAAGCAUGUUUAAUCAGAAGUAAGUCCCACACAGUUCAGGAGGUCUUACUUUCAUGUGAUUAUGCUUAGGACAGCAUAUGUUUUCUCAUAUGAGACCUAAAUUGAUUUAGAGCUUUUUGUAUGCUGUUUGUACACCAUGAGCACUGUGUGUGACAUAAACUUUAUGCAAAAAUAUAGCAUAGAGAGAAAACAUCUGAAAUGCAACGUAAAUUUUAUACUGCUUAGCGUUCCAAACCUAGAUGAAGCAAUGGCUGCUUUUAAGGUUGACAUAUGUUUUAGAAAGUUCUUUCUAAUAUACCAUCUAAACCUCUUUGGUUACAGUUUAAGACAGGAACUGGGACCCUGUGGCUCGCCAGAUGUUGUUGGACUCCAGUUCCCACCAGCUGUAACCAGCAUGGCUAAUGGUUAGGUAUGAUGGGAGUUGCAGUCCAACAAUAUCUAGAGGGCCACAGGCUCGCCAUUCCUGGUGUAAGAUUUCCAUAUGUCUCUGACUGUUACUGUUUCAUUCUUAUGUUCAUGCUCCCUCUGGUGGGUUAUAGCGAUGUGCACAUCCGUAGGAUACAAAAGUCAAGAAAAGAUUUUUACAGGGCAAGAUGCUAUCUAGCAUUCUUAGACGAGGCUACUUAUCUAGAUCCAUUUCAAUCUCAUUAUGGUCCAUUUCCAUCACUAAAACAGCCUUGGUUACCCUGAUAUGUUAUCUGGUUGGGAGACCAGAGGAGAGUGAGACCUUACUAUUUUUUCUGCCACUCGCAGUGGCUUUUGGUUUCCAUAACCAGGGGUAAAGGUAAAGGUUAAGGUUAAGGUAAAGGGACCCCUGACAGUUAAGUCCAGUCGCUGUUGAUUUAAGCAGAGUCUGUCGUGCCCAACGGAAGGAUGAGAAUACGUGCUGCAUACUCUUUAUUGCUUUAUUUACAGUUCAAAGCUGGUAUAUUACAGAAAAACAUCUUGCCUCUGCAAGAGCAGAAAAUGCAUCCUCUCUCCUGGACAGCUCGGAGAGAAUCACACAGACAGUGAAUAACAGGAAACCAGUGUACGUCACAUCCAGUCUCCCUUUCCCGUGAGAAACCCAACAGUACAGACUGUGGAAUGUAAACACCUGUCUUGUGACUGCAGUUGCUGCACAGUGAAGGAAAACAGAAACCAACAUCCUCCCCCUUUCUGUGAACAUCACUGGGCAGCGUGUUCGUACAGUAUCAGUACAAACCCAACUUCUGCACAUAGGUACAGUGUUGAUCCCUUGAUACAAUCUUGGACAAUACAUCAGCAGGAAUUUCAUUACCUGGCAUAUAGGACACCGUUACGAGUCCCUUCUGAAUACAUUCCCUAGCAUGCUGCAACUUUAAUUGCAAGUGCUUUGUGCUUUGCUUACAACCUUCAGACUUUAGCAAAGCCAAACAUGCUUUGUUGUCCUGGUAAACCUGGAUUGGACAUUUGACAGGAAUUUUCAUAUCUUUGCACAAUUGUACUAACCAUUCACAAUCCUUAAGUGAAUAAGACAGUGCAUUCAGUUCAGCUUCACAAGUAUUUAAGCUAACUGUUGUUUGCUUCUUGCAUGACCAAUCAAACAGACUCUGAUUGUACAUGUAGCAAACUCCAGACGUACCUUUCCUGUCUGUAGCGUCACUUCCAAAACUUGCAUCUGCAAAUAUCUCAAGACCACCAGACUUCUGAUUGUUAAAUCUCAGUCUGUAAUGCAUAGUGCCUUUCAAAUACCGCGCUAUGCGUUUCAGAGCUUUCAAUCCUUGACACUAGGAUUGUUGACUUGUCUGCUUAGCAAAUUACAGCUAACAGCAAUGUCUGGUCUUGAACAUCUGGCAAUGAAGUUUAGCUUGCCUAGCACACUCCUGUACAGUGUAGUGUCAGAAAAUGCUUCUUCAGUGUCAUCUACCUGAUAACCUGUUGUCAUCGGUGUGUCUACAGGGUUAGCAUCCAUCAGAUUUAGUUUGCUUAACACAUCAGCAAUUUUCCGUGACUGGUGUACUAGAAUGUUACCAUCUUGAUCUCUCUCUAUUUCCAGAGAUAGGUAGUUGUUUACCUCACCAAGAUCUUUCAUGUCAAAGUGCUCUUUCAGUUGAGCUAGGGCGCUAUUGUACAUUGCAACAUCUUUCCAAAAGAAUAAUAAAUCAUCAACAUAAAACAAACAGUACAGUUUCUUUUGCCCCUCCUCUUUGACAAAUACACAUGGAUCAGCUUUCCCUUGCUGAAAACCUAGAAAACAAUACUUCAGUGAGUUUUGUGUGCCAACACCGUGCACUUUGUUUGAGACCAUAAAGGGAUUUCUUCAGAGCACAAACAAAUCCCUGUUUUACCUGUACGCCAUCAGGUGGAAGCAUAUAAAGUGAUUCAUCUAGAGAUCCGUACAGAAAAGCUGUAUUAAUAUCAUGGUGACUAAUGUGUAGAUUUUCCUCUGCAGCUAGCUUGAGCAUAAGCCUAAUGCUUUCAUAUCUCACUGUGGGUGAAUAGGUCUCGUGAUAGUCUUCACCUGGUACCUGUGCAAAACCUCUGGCUACCAAUCUGGCUUUGUGUCUGACUAUCUUGCCAUUUUGAUCUGUCUUCGCUUUGAAGACCCAUUUGCUUCCAAGCAGUUUCAUUCCUGGAACUACUGGAACUAGUUCCCAUGUUUUGUUCCUUUCUAAGGAAUCAAGCUCAGCCUUCAUGGCAUUUAACCAUGGCUCAGCUUCCUUUGAAUCCAAACCCUGGAUUUCUUGGAAACUUGAAGGUUCAAAUACCUUCUUGGAGCUUUUAACAGCUGUUACUGCUAUCUUAGCAAACUCAUCAGCAAAUCUCUUUGGAGGUUUGCCUUUUGUGGCUCUCUGUGACCUACGAAUUAGCCUUAAGUCUUCAACACUCUCCUCUUCCUUCUUAGGAGAAAAACGACCUAUUGUGAACAAUGGUUCCUCCAAUUCUUGAUCAGAGCUUUCAGAGGGUCGCAUAGAGGCUUUCGCACUCUUGAAAUCCUCUGAAUUACCCGAUUCAGUUUCAGAUUCAGACUCAGAACCUUCAUCAGUGGGUGUGGGUUGUUGUGGUUGCUUUUUGACUAUCCUCAGUCUCAUCACCGUCAUCAGGAUAACAUUGGAAAAUUCCCACAUUCUCCCCCCCACUUUGCAUUGUACUCGACACUUCUCGUGAGCUUAAUUGUCUUAGAGUCAGUCAUCAUUAUUCUGUAAGACCCUUUCUGAUAACCUAGAAAGAUUCCAUGCAAUCCACGCUUGUCUAACUUGGAGUUUUGUGGUGAGCGAACCCACAUGUCAGAACCAAAAAUCUUCAUGUGUUUGAUGUAUGGCUUCUUGCCAAAUAUCUUCUCAUAGGGGGUACAACCAAUCGCUGAAGAUAACCUGCGAUUGUAACUGUAAACAAAACACGAGAGAGAUUCGGCCCAAUAACUCUCUGGAAGAUUUGCAUCAUGCAGCAAGGUUUUUAACCCUUGAAGCAAGGUCUGAUUUGCCCGUUCCGCAAGUCCAUUCUGCCAUGGCGAGCGAGGACUAGACAAAUCGUGUUGAAUUCCUUUCUCAGUCAGAAAAGCUUCAAACUGCUGAGAAGUGAAUUCCCCCCCCGCGAUCACUGAAAAGAGUCUUUAUCUUCUUACCAUGCACAUUUUCCAACCAAGCACAGAAUUCCUUGAACCUAGGAAAAGCCUCCGAUUUCUGCUUGAGAUUGUACACAAAAAUAUAUCUAGAAAAUGCAUCAAUGAGAACCAUGAAGUAUCUAUUUCCACCCAAAGAGGGCGCCAGUGGACCAACCAAAUCAGCAUGAACAACCUGGUAUGGUUCUGUAGCUUUCCUACUAGACACCUUACCUUUCGCAGCCAUUUUCACCUUGUUUGCUGCGCAUGCUUUGCACUUCAUGUGGUACCUGCAGGGUUUAAUAGUCAUACCUUCAACCAAGGCAGGCAUUUUAGAUACUGCCUCAAAAUGCAAAUGAGCAAAUUUUCGAUGAAAAUCGUGAAUACAUUCUGCAUGCAAACUUUUGUUAGAACCUGCAAUGCAACAAGUGUCAUCCUGCACCACAUCAUCAUAAUACAAAACAAACAAAUGAUCAACAUAUUCUGCAUGCAAUACAUAAUCAUUUUUCUUUGUGAUGAUGCACUUCUUGUUCUUGAAGGAAACGUCAAUGUUCCGCUCAUUCAGCUGUCCAACGCUGAGCAGAUUAUGUUUGGCGUCUGGCACGUAAAGCACAUUCUGUAUCGAUAAGUCCAAACUGUGAAGAACAACAGUUCCGUAGCCUUUACUGGGAAUAGUGUGGUCAUCCGCCUGGUGAAUCGCACCUUCCUGCGGUGUAAAAGACACAAACAGUUUCUUAUCGUUGCACAUGUGGUGGGUCGCCGCUGAAUCAACAACGAAGAAAGAUCUAGACGUCUUCUGGACCUCUGCAACCUUUGGAGUGAAGCGUGAAACCAUAGCCUUGUGCUGCGUUGUCCUAGACACCGGACCUUUGCCUUUGCCUCGGCCUUUUCCGCGCGAUGAGCUUUCGCUGCGCUGCUCUGUCUUGGCCCUGGGAUGUCUGCAUUCCCUCUUCAUAUGGCCUAGACGUCCACACGAGUAGCAUUUCACUGCCUUCAAAGCUUUGGCGCCAUCUGGUGGUUCCACUGCACUAUGGGAUGACGUCUGUGAAGACUCUCCCUUGCCCAUGCAGCUAGCACCCCGGCGAUCUGCUUCAUUUAAAAUCACGGCAGUAACAAAGUCCACUGUCAGCUGAGCAGUUGGUUGCACAGCAAUCUGGGUUGCAACAGACUCCCAACCUGAACCCAAAGAUUGUAGUAUCAUGAAAGAAUACACAGCCUCUGGAAAGUUGAGUCCUCUCUGUUGCAGCUCAUGUCUCAGAUUUUGCAUCUCCAUCAGAUGUAAACGUACAUCUCCACCUUCAGCAAGAGCCAUAUUAUGCAGCUUGUUAAAAUAAAACAUAGUUGAUCCAGCUUCUGUCCUUAAGUGAGCCUCUCUCAGAGCGUCCCAAAUUUCUCUGGCUGAGGUCUUAUCACGCAAUAGACAGAGCUCUUCUGGGGAUACUAUCAAUGUAAGAGUUCCCCUUGCUUUGGAAUCCUUAGCUUCCCAUGCAUCUGUAACUGGAACUGGGGGUUCCUGUAAUCACCUCAAACAAACCCUCUUUCCGCAGAAUUGCCUCUGCAUACUGAACCCAGUCGCUGUAAUUUGUCUUGUUGAGCUUAGGAAUCCCACAAGCAUCCUGAAGGGCCAUCAUGACUCUGGCAUUAGCCUUCAGCGUCAUAUCUAUGCUGCUUUAAAUCUUGCUGCGUCACUGCUGCAGCUGCCUUAUCACAAAGGCACACUUAAAAGUUACUUUCGAUUUCCCCAGCAUAGUGACUUGUGCCUGGGAGCCUUUUGCCUAUUCGCAAAACCGGCUUUAAAAGUUCAAAGUCCAGCCAUAAAGCCAUUAUCUUGAAGCUGGCAGGCUGCCCGGAGCAGUAGCACAUACCUCAUCAAUCACUUCUACGCGCAGAGCAGAUUCCUUUCCGAUCUGUCCUCCCUCUGCAUUCCGAUCCUUUGCCGGCACUCCGAUUCGACCUCUGGAGUCCAUAACCACGUGUUGAUUUAAGCAGAGUCUGUCGUGCCCAACGGAAGGAUGAGAAUACGUGCUGCAUACUCUUUAUUGCUUUAUUUACAGUUCAAAGCUGGUAUAUUACAGAAAGACAUCUUGCCUCUGCAAGAGCAGAAAAAUGCAUCCUCUCUCCUCGACAGCUCGGAGAGAAAACACAGUGAAAAACAGGAAACCAGUGUACGUCACAUCCAGUCUCCCUUUCCCGUGAGAAACCCAACAGUACAGACUGUGGAAUGUAAACACCUGUCUUGUGACUGCAGUUGCUGCACAGUGAAGGAAAACAGAAACCAACAGUCGCAAACGACUCUGUGGUUGCAGUGCUCAUCUCGCUUUACAGGCUGAGGGAGCCGGCGUUUGUCCGCUCCGCAGACAGUUUUUCCGGGUCAUGUGGCCAGCAUGACUAAGCCGCUUCUGGCGAACCAGAGCAGCGCAUGGAAACGCCGUUUACCUUCCCGCCAGAGUGGUACAUAUUAAUCCACUUGCACUUUUUGGUGUGCUUUCGAACUGCUAGGUUGGCAGGUGCUGGGACCGAGCAACGAGAGCUCACCCUCUCGCAGGGAUUUGAACCGCUGACCUUCUGAUUGGCAAGCCCAAGGCUCAGUGGUUUAGACCACAGCGCCACCUGCGUCCCUAGACAAGGGGUAGUCAACCUUUUUAUACCUACCGCCCACUAAUGCAUCUUUCUUGAUGGUAAAAUUUUCUUACCACCCACCAGUGCUCGAUGGAAGGAGGAUUCAGCUUGUGCCAUAGAACCCCCUACCACCCACCCAGAAUCCUGAAACGCCCACUAGUGGGCGGUAGGGACCAGGUUGACAACCCCUGCCAUAGACCAUGCUGGAUUGGCUGAUUGAGUUGGGAAUUAGAGGCUGUGCUGUGAAGUGGUUACAUUCCUAUCUGGAGAGCAACUUUCAGAAGAAGUUGCUGGGAGACUGCUGCUUAGCCCCCUGGCUUUUAAUAUUCUGAGUUCUGUGGGGUUUUUAAUAUUCUGAGAUCUUGUCUCCCAUGCUAUUCAGCAUUUACAUGAAACCAUCUUGCUGCUUUUAUCUGAUUUGUUCAGAAAUGUUAUACAACUAGCAAUGGCUUACAGCAGAAAUGAAACUGCAGUGUAGUUUCUAAAGUGCUCUAAAGUAGCACUUUAGAGGCUAGCAAAAUGUAUUAUUCCUUAAGCGUGCAUGAAUUACAAAAAAUGAGACAUCUGAUCCUGUGGAUUUCAGUCCCUUAAACCUUAGGCCAUAAUAAAUUUGUUAGCCGUUAAGGUAGUAGUAUUGUUCUUUUUGUUGUUUUGCUCAAGAUGCACAAUGGUUUACUUUACAGAGUUGUGACGGUAAAAAAACAUUUUGGCAAAAUUAAAAUUAAAUUAAAAAGCUAUUUGUAAAAUUGAAGUUCUUAAGUGUCCACAAUAGCAAGGGAGAAUGAUGAUGAGAAAACCAAAACAACUUGGCUGCACCCCAUGAACUCCUAGCAUCCUCACCAGGUCUAGUGGGCAGCCGCACCACUGAUUCUUCUAAUCAUUUAAUGGAAAUGAACACUUUUGCAACAUGGAAGUUCUCUGUGUUGGUGGUAUUUACUAGUUUUUAUUAUUGUAGACCAAACUAUAACUUCUGAAAAAAAUAUAGCCACUUGUUAUAAAACAGCACACUGUGAUACAUCUCCAGAAGUGCUAACAAAGCUUACUGCCCAUCAUAGGCACAGUCUUGACCCUUGUUUCCUACAUGAUUUCUGACAGAAUUUUCAACUACUUUAUUAAAUUUGAUUAGAUCACCCUUAUUCUAUGAAUGUAUUCAAUUAUAUGAAUCUAAUUCUUAAAAUCCCUUCUGUGUUGUUGAAAUAAAAGCCAUCUUAUGGCUACUGGGCCAUAAGACACAAGGGCAAUAGACUAAGAUGAUUACUCAUUUUCUCUCUGCUUCUAAAUGAGUAACUAAUUAUGUUAUCUAAUUUUCAAUAGAUAGUCAUAUUCACUCUCCUCAAGAAUGUUCACGGCAGCCUGUAAAAUAGAUGCUUUAAAUCAAGGAUUCACAAAUCAUUAAUUUGCUAAAACACAUUAGGAAGGAAUGGUGGGAGUUGGUUUUUUUUGUAAGGGAGGAGAGAGAAGAAGCCAGCCGUCUUGUCCAGAAAAAAAUACAAAAAGGGGAUAGGAGCUGGUUUUCUUUACCCUGUGAAACCAGUAAGUUUAGUGUAGCCCAAUUUUGUCCAUUUGCACCAUUAACAGAAAUGCUACCCCACUGAAUUGGCACUACUUAGGUUCACGAACUGCUCCUAGAAAAAACCUGCUAAUUGUACUCCUUGACACUUAGUCCUCCCUGUGCUUAACUUUUUCAUAUUUUCUAGCUUGGAACCUGCUUCUUAGCUGACAUUCUCUAUACUGUUGCAGCUGCAACCCUUCACCCUUAACACAAGAACAGUCCUAUUGGAUCUACCUGUGAUACAGAAUCCUCUGUGAUUCAAUUUCAUUGGCUGGAGUUCUGGUAUGGAAAAGAGAGAAAAGUACUAUACUUUCUCCCCAGCCCACCUUCUCUACACUGUGCAUGAUUUUGUAGAUUUCUAUCAUGUGCUCCUUAGUUACUUAUGUCAAUAUUUAUUAAUGUGGUUGGGAGGCUAUAUAUAUAUAUAUAUAUAUAUAUAUAUAUAUAUAUAUAGGUUCCCCCCUCGUUCCCACUAUGAGAAAGCCUGUAUGAGUCUAGCUUACGUAUGUUAGAAUAUUCCUAUUUUCAUUGGAGAAAUGUUGGAGUGUAUCCAAUGGGGAAUUGCACACCUGUACAAUCAUAUCUUUAUGUUGUACAGACUGCAUAUCCAGACCAUAGAUAUGAUAUAAGAGCCUUCUAACUUUCUCCAAAGAACAUUACAUUUACAAUAUGAUGUAAACAGGGAUACAUUACACUGACUUGGACAAAAUUGGGUCCUCUGUAGUGUGUUGAACAGGGCAGUCUAAAAGCAAUUUUAUUAUGGGAAUGUUCAAGCACUUGAGGAAGUGAACUAGACAAGAAUGCAAAAAUCCCACUGAAAGCAGUGCUCCUAGCAACUAGCCAAGACCUGCAGUAAACAUGAGCACAGCAAACUUCUUUGUUAUGUGAACUUUUGUGGUUUCCAUUUAACAGUGGAGCUGUCUGGACAAGAUUUUAUCUGCAGUUUGUUAAUAUGAAUGUGGAGAUCAUCACAAUGACUCAGUUUCACAAUUUCACUGUUAAUAUUUCUAUCCCUUUAUCUUAUCAUAUUUUGUAGUCUCUUGUUUAGGAUCUUUUACACCUUUAUCUGAACACAGUACAUACUUUGUUGUGCUCAGAUUGUAUGGUGAUGGGGUUAUUUAUGUCCUGAUCUUUCGAGCUUCUGAGUCAACAAAGUAGAAUCAGUUCACAAAAAUUUGUGCAAUAUAACAACCAGGAUAUCACGCUUCGGGUAUGAGCUAAUGCAACAAGGUAGUAUGGAUUGAUAACUAAGAUGCUGGUAGGAUAUUGCAGCAGAGUUUGUUAGGGCAGUAGUAUGCAAAAUAGAUCAGAAAUUGGUAGAAAGGGCUUCCAUUCAGCAGGGACCCAUCUAUAUUGGUGCCAGCCCAUGCAACUGGAUUUUUUUUUAAAAAAAAGAUUUCAAAUCAUUGCUGUCGAUCUCUUUUUUGUCAGCUGUGUCACAAAUGGGAGUUGUGGGAUACAGUAGGUUUGAGCUUGGAAACAUUUUACCAAAAAGGAGAAAGGUUACUCUGGUUAAUGGAUACAACUGAGAUUCAAAUGAUCUACUGCCAUUAUCACCUCUUUGGAAAUUAACUGAAAGUGAAGAGCUGCAUCACUUAAUUUAAACGUACUUGAACGAGAAGAGCUAGUGCAAUUUUGUUGUGCAGUUAUCCCGCAUACUUAUUUUGCAAUGUGUACCUCCCAACAUCCAUGAUGAAGGACGUAAUUUCCUGAUGAUUUAGAGAGAUCAAAUUGCACAUAACUUCUGUAUAUUUAAUAUAUAUGCAUAUUGUGCUGAGGAUAGCUAUAGAUAAGAAACAUUUUCUUUCACAUAAUGUUUGAAUGGAACACUUAGGUGACUCUGAAGUGUAAACCACAUUAAUGUUUCUCCACUAAAAUGCAAAACAGUGUAUUGAAAAACAAAUGCCAAUUGAAUGUGACUAUACAAAGCAGAUACUGUAUCGUACUAAGGUGCCAUCUGGUGGAAAAAAACAAAUGACAGAAUUAAGGAAACCACUUAAUACUUCCACUCAGGGCUGGAUUAACCAUUAAGCAAAAUAAGCACUUGCUUAGGGUAUCAAGGGAAGGGGGCACCACAGAUUCAUUGCCAGAUUUUUAGCAUUAAUGGUCACAAAUUGCUCAGCUGAGUGUUCAUUUUCUCAGUUGAAGUAUAUUAAAAAUCCCAACAGAACAACUAUGCAACGAGGUAGGCUGGAUGCCUUAUUAUCUCUACUAAGUAUGGAGGCAUAUGUCUUAUGUAAGAUUUGUUCUAAGGAUCUGAUCAAAGACUUUGCAAUAAGAAAAAGUAGAAUUUUCCCCCAAAUAUGAAUAAAGUGGAAGUAUACAAAAAUAAACAUUACUUUCCAUCUUUCUGUAGGUUUUGUUUCAUUUCAAAAAAUAUAAUUUUGAAUUAGAUAAAUAUGGGGGCACCAAGUGCCUAGGACCUCCAAAGGUCUUAAUUUGGUCCUGCUUCGCAAGAUGUCAAGUGCUAAACCAGUCUUGAAAAUAAGUUCAGAAAUUUACAAGCCUGCUGAAUCUUUGCAAAAUAAGUCCCCCCCCCCCCAGCAGAACUUUGCUUUCAUAUGCUAGGCACAGAGGCAGGGUAGAGGAUGUAAGCUCUGCUCCAUAAAACACCAGAUGUAGCUGCAACCAUUUUAAAAAGGGGAAAUUCAUUCCUCAUUGCAAGAGCAGCACAGAAGAAAGCCCAGGAAAAGCACUUUAAGGGGGUGCAGGGGGGAUCCUUACAGGUAGCAUGCAAAAAAUUUGCAAUACUGCCAAGACAGAAGAGCACAGUACAGGAAGUGCUAAGAAUGGGAUUUUUAAAAUAAUUAUUUUUCAUGUAGAUAGAAGUACGCACAGUGGUUACUCACUUUUUCUUAGGCUCCGUUAAUAAAGGUAACUAUUUGUGGAAUAAUUUAUUCCUGAGGAGACUAAAAUAGGAUUUCAGAACCCCUUCAGACCUGCAUAGGAGAGAAACAAUUUUACACUGCCUGAGGAGUAUGUUGAAUUGUUUAGAAGAUGUUUUGUCACAGAAGCUACAAAGAAGAGAGGUUUACGUUUAUGGUGAAUCCAUGGCAGGAUAAGUUCUGUGAAGUUUUGUUAGUGGUCCAUCAACCCCUCCCUGCCCUCCCUCCUUUUCUUGUCCCACUUUCCUCCUGAAGGAGCCUGGGGCACCUCGUUUGUCUUUCAGCCUGCACUGAGAUGGGGAUCAAUGUAGCAUGUGUGGUCUGUAUGCUUGCAUGUGUGUGUGCAUGUGAGAGUGUGUGCUCUAGGAAUGUGUGUGCAUGAGUGAGAGAAUGUGUAUACAGUGGUACCUCGGGUUAAGAACUUAAUUCGUUCUGGAGGUCUGUUCUUAACCUGAAACUUUUCUUAACCUGAAGUACCACUUUAGCUAAUGGGGCCUCCCGCUGCGCCGCCGGAGCAUGAUUUCUGUUCUCAUCCUGAAGCAAAGUUCUUAACCUGAGGUACUGUUUCUGGGUUAGCGGAGUCUGGAACCUGAAGCGUAUGUAACCUGAGGUACCACUGUACUCCUCCUAGUGUGUGCAUGGGCACCUUCCUAAUUCUGUUGUUGAAUGUGAUGCAAGGUCAUAAACGGGAUAGUUCUUGGUGCCCCCUCAAUGCCCUCUGGCUUUUACCAGGGGGCAAGCUUUUAGUUUGGCAGUUCCUGCCCUGUGGAACUCCUAGACGUUUGGCAGGUGUCACCUCUGCUAUCUUAUAGAUCUCUUUUAAAAAAUGUAUUGUUCAGACAGGCCUUUAAAUACAAUUUUUUUUACUGACCAUUUUUCAUUGAUAUGUCAUUGGCAUUUUUACUGUUAUUAUUGCAGUACUGUGUUUAUAAGCUGUUCAAUGCCUUGUUUUAUUUUCUAUGAAAGUGUGGUUUUGAAAUAACUAAAUAAUAAAUGAAUAAUAAAAUCAGCUGAGGAAUACAGGCCGCAAUGGAACUUAAGAGAACAGCGAGACGUAUAGGAGUCUUUGGAGACAGGGGUUUGCUGAAAAGCCAUUGUUUAAUGCCAAACCAUACAGCACACAGACUCCCCAUUCUCUUACGCCAUAAAGUAUAAAUGGAUUUGGAAAGGAUGAAGGAAUGUGGCUUGAUUAAAGAAAUCGCCAAGCCUUUCAUGACAGUACAAAAGUGCCACCUCGUGGAAAAAACAAAUAACUGCAGUGCUAGGUAACUUUAUUAAUGAGAACACAGACGUAUUUGGGACUUUUAAUUUGGUUCUGAUCAUAAAAUUUUGCAAACAUUGAAAGUUAGUCCUGUAGGUUUUUAAAGUCAUUUCCCAAUUUUUUAAAAAUGUACUAGUUUAUACAAAAGUUUUUAAUUUCAGGGUUGAAGCACCUUCCAGGUAGCUAAACUAGACAACUGUAGUUUAUGCUUCAGCAUUUGAUCUUUAUUAUAGCUGCACUUUUCCUUGAGCAUAAGUUCCCAAGUUCACCUAAAAAAAACCCCUUUAAAAAACUUCUUAUCAAGUUUGUACCUUUCAGCAUUUAAUUUUCUGCUUGCAGCAAUGUUGCGUUAAACUAUAAGGUAUAUAACCCUUGGUCUUUGAGUGAAGCUUCAUUGAAGGUAUUGUCUUUAUCAUAUGACAGACUUGUAAAUAAAUGUUAAACAAUUUUGUUGAAGUUCAGAGGAUAAAAAAGGUCAGCAGUCUGCCUUCUUUAUUCCCGAUAAAACUACAAAGAUAAUAGCUUUGAUUUAUUUCCCUUUGAGGAGAGAAUAACACAGUGCAGCAUAGAGGAUUUUUCACACUAGAUAUCUACAUGAUUUACAUACUCUUUUAGAGAGUGCUGUUUUCUUCAACUUUCUCCCCCAAAGAAAUGUUAGCUUCCUUGUCUUACAUAGGCACACAAAAUAGAAAGUCUGUAGUACAUUCCAUUUUUUCGAGAUGAGUAUUGUUCAGUUUGUUUUAGCCUUUGACUUGAAUAUAUAUCAUUAAUUCCAGCUUGUUAGCAUGAUGGAGUGGUGCAGUUUCUUCUGCUGAUUCCAAAUCCAUGUAUAUCUGUGCAGUUAUUUGUCUCCAACACCAGCUCUGCCUAUGUCAUUAUCUGAUGAGGAAGGUUGUUGUGUACAAAAACUAUCAUUGUUAUAAAUUAGUUCAUUGAUAAGGUGCUAGGAAACUUUUGGGUUUCUUUCUAGGCUGGACUUUGUGUACCAAAGUCUGCUGCUGUCUGAGAAUAUUUCUCAAAUUAGGAGGGUAGACUUCCUGGAUGAGUAUGUCAUGUAUGAGGAGCACAGAUAAUUUGACACCUGCUAUUGAAAACAGUUAUCUGUGGAUUUCCCCAAAAUGUGGAUUUAAAUCUGCUGCAGUUGCUGGAAUUGGAUCAUGCGUGCAUGCUCUGGAUCAUAGUACUUAAGGCUGAAGAUGCAGUGGUCAGAUUGAGGAGUGUGGGUGCAGAUGUGGAGGAGGCAGGAAGCAGAGAGGCAUGGAGUGUACAUGAAACUGCACUAAGUAUGUAAAUAUAGGAGCUGUCUGUAAACCCUGGCCAUAGUAUGUGAUGAGGGUGUCUACAGUUAGACUGCUAUGAUGCAACUGCAGUUGAGGAAUUCCGCUUUUGCCCUUUGAAUUGAGUAUGUGAUUUUCAGGGAUGGGGUUAACAAAAGCGAGAUUGCCACCUCUCCUAUUUUAUUUCGUGAUUAUUAUUAUUGAUAUUAUCAUCAUUAGGAUUCUAUAAAGCCCUUCAUUUUAAGAUUGUGGGAAGUUUACAGGAUUAAAAACAGCAUUGCAAACCUAUUCUUUAUUUUUUUUAAAAAAAAUCAAUAAUAAAGUAACAUUGGUUUGUACAACCCGCUAAGCCAAACCUUGUCCUAGCUUAGUAUGGCAGAGGAGCAAAAAAGGACCAGAGAUGGGCAAAGUGGCUACAAGCUCUUCUCCCAAAGUUUGUAUGCUUGUGCAGCCUCACAAACUGGAUAUAAUAAAAACAAUAAAGUUUUUGUAAAAGUCUUUUUUUGGUAAAAAACAAAACAAAACCCAGGGAGAAUAAAAGACCUGGCACAAAAAAGAUAGCAUAAUACGUGCCAGGUGAGUAUUUCUGGGAGAGGAGUUGCCACCUGCCUUACUUGCAUCAGUGGGAUGUUCAAAGAAGAGCAUUGGCAGGUGACCUAAGUGUACAAUCUGUAUUUGGUUUCUGUCUUAGAUUUUAAGAGCUGUUGUGUUUCUGAGAAAUUAUUUUUGUGAAUCACAUAACAGUAGCAGUGUUUGCUUUGAUAGCAAGCAGGUUUUUCUUGAUACUUUUUUUCUUUGUUCACUGGAGUGCAUUAUUCCUAUACCUAUGUUUUAGGAGUAGCAGGUUCAAGAUAUGUGAAGGUGGGGAUUUGUAUCUUACGCCAGAUGAAAUGAAAAUCUACUUGGGCAAUAGCUCCUCCAUUAUCUUACUUCAACAGAUAAAGCAAACACUAUAAAUCAGCAUUUUAUUACUAAGGCAAGAUACAAAAGAUGGCUUUAACAGUCCUGCACAGAGGGAGUAGAUAAGAAGCAUUUGUCCUUUCAUUAGUGUAUGUAAUACCAUAUUUGAAUUAAUAUUCAACACAAUAAAAAGUGAACAAAAAUUGGCGACAACUGAUGGUGGUGAGCAGUCAUGCUGAAUUAUAUGAUUUUAAUAAUUUGUGGCAAUCUUUCCUUUUCUUAUGUAAUUAUUUUUUUGGAAAGUAAAAGGCUACAGCCUUACAGCAACGUAUAAGAGAUUUUAAUAGAGAUUGAAUAGAGAAUGCAGUGUAGUGGAUUUGAACAGGGAACAUACUUUCCAUACAGCGUAUACUAGCGUCUCUCUGGAAUAUAUAAAAUAGGUAUGUGAAAUAUACCUCACAGGCGUAGGCUGCAAUCCUUACUCCCUGAUGGUGGGAGUUAGGUUGGUGUGUAGAGCUUUUUCCCCACUGGCUUUUGUCCCAGCUCCACCAAAGUGGGCAGAAAGCUACUGUUGGUGGUUCUUAUUCUGAUGGUCGACAGCUGAAAGGAUAGAAACAGAUUAGUUUGUUUUGAGGUGGGGCGGCAGAGGCUAAGUCCCAUGGAUCCUCCCCCCAAAGGCCCAGUCCUUAAGCCUCUCAGUUUUGCCAACCAGGAGCUGGUAUAACGAAAGAAAGAAAGAAAGAAAGAAAGAGGCUUCCAAUGCAACAGGGACCACACUUUCGCGCCUCCCUGGCCCCUUGUUAGUAUAGUAUAUAACUUUAUGGAGGUAAUUAAAUAGGCAUAUACUGACCCAGGGUGCUUUUAUAUAUAACAUUUACCAUGAGAAAGGGCAGUGUUAAAUGUACUUCGCUUUUUUUUAUUUCUUGAGUGGGCAUGUAUGGGGUAAAGCAAAUCUUUAAGUAAACUUGUCCAAAACUUCCUUACAAUAAGAACAUCACGAUGUUAUCAGCAUAAUCUGUGAAAACCAAUCUAUGAGACCAAUGUGACGGUCAUAUUUUUAAGUAAAUGAUCAUGUCCUAUGAGGUACUUACCACACAGAGAGAGCAUCCAAUUAGUCCAGUUCAGCAUCUACGUAUGUAUUUGCUUUCACUUGUUUUUCUUAGUAUCUUCUAUGAUGCUAUCCAUUACAGCUGUCUACUUUAAUGUAUGGUGAAUAUAUGUUGGUAAUUAAGCAAGCAUUUUUGUUAAAAAAAGAAGAUAACGUGGGAAAAAAUAUAUUUGAAAAAUUAUUAAAUAAUUUAUUUUAAAUAAUUACAAUAUUUUAGAUAAACGUAUGUAACACAUAGGUAUGAGUGGUAGCUACACUCAGUAAUAUGGAUAAUACUAAAUAUCUGAUGAAGCCACCUCAUGUGUUUUAUUUUUCUCAUUGGCUAAUAAUGUCUUUUCAGUUCCAGCUGUGUUGUAUGUCUGUGUGUGAGAUUAGUGUUCAUAGCAGUAUGAAGCAUUAGUUAGCGGCUUGACUAGUUAAAUAAUUACCUUUACUUGUACAGACUUGGCCCUUGUUGUCCUUGACAAUAGGAUGCUCUCAUGUGCAAUUAAACAUUAAUUUGCCCCCACUCUCCUUGGGUCUCUGCUUAUGGAUUUUUUUCACUUCCAGUUAUGCCCCACUGAUUAUAAAACCUUGGUUUCCAGCCGCUGAAAACCUGAUUAGACUUGUGCUGCUCUGAUGUAAGGUUGACCCCCCCCCCCCCGGUAUACCUUCUAGGCUUAUUAUUUUGGAGCAGCAAGUAUAAAUACCAAGUAAAAUAUUCAUUCCUUUUUUAAAUAUAGGGAAUGGGAACAUUUUGAAGUUACAGUGGUGUUUCGUGCGACCAAUCAAAUGUGAGUGUAUCAGGUAAGAAUUAAUUUUUUGUUAAUAAUCAAUUUCAUUUUCAAAUGCUAGGUUUGUAGAAAUAGGUUUCUCUUUUAGAAAAAGCACAUACAUGCAUCUAAACGUAUUUCUUACACUGCAUGUUAUACACCCAUCACAAAGCAGCAGAGUUCUACCACGUACCACUCAUGGUAGUUACUGAAAUGUGAUAAAAGACAGUAUUUACCACACUGCAUGUCUACAGUAUGCAUUGCAUUGCAAUGUUGCACACUCACUAACUCGUCACAUUUAGGCUAAGCAAUUACUUAGUCAGUCUAGAUAAUAAGUAGGCAGAAGUAAGAAAGAUGAACAGCUACCAUGAAGCUAUGCAGUAGUUGUGGAGAUAAUAUUUUUUGGCUGGCAGGUAUUAAUAGGCCAGUCAUGUAUCAAUGAAGAACAAGAAGGCGAUGACUACAGUGCUUCUUUCAGGUUUAAUAUCAGUCAGUUCAAAGGAUCAGAUAUUAGGUGACCAGAAUGGAGUGUAAGUCAGUCAGAUAAGCAAGGAACAUCUAGGCUGUAAUGUUACUAUAGCAAGAGUUAGACUGCACAUCAUUCCCUCUCAGUGGGGAAGAUGUUUCUUACACUGUUCUCUGUUGUUAGACUCUAGUGCACUAACUCCGUAAAGCAGUCCAGACUUGUUUUUAUGGAAGCAGUAGUUUGCUGACCUAGAUGGGGAUUUCGCUGGAGUUGGUGAUAUGACAGCUAUGUCUGGAAGAAAAGCAAAAGGCCUCGGAGGGUAAUCAUACUAUGUGGCAGGGUAGCCCCAAAUACUGAUGGAGUGUCUUUUUUUUUGUAAAAAAAUAAUAAUUCUUAUCUUUGUUUAGGUGUAGGUUGUGACUUCUCUUGAAAGUACGUUUUGUAGGAUCUAGUGACUGCCUCAUUUCAUACAUGUUAUAGACAGUUGUGGACCUGUGAAAACAGGUUAUGUAGGCAGUAAGCUUCAUAUAUAUGACAGCUUGCAGAAUUCCCUUGUUUGUAUAUUCCUGUCCUGUCACCAGUCAUUCUACCAGAAACAAAAUCAUUUAUUUACUUUGCUUUAAAUUUUGCCCUGCUGAAGGAUGCAAGGUGUUGAUAUCAAGUACGGAACACUAUAGGUAGACCCAUGGCCCCUUGGAGGACUUAACAACAGAAACAUAAACUGACCCAGAGAGGAUGGAGAAAAAAUAAACAAAUGCAUAAAAUAAAAAACAUUAGUCUUCCUUCAGAUACAUACAUAGAACAAUAUCAGAGUUAUAAUUCAUAUUUUUAAAAUGAUGCUGUGCACUGUGAAAAAAAAUCCAAUCAUAACUGGCAAGAAAUCUGCUUUUUUGAGAUUAGAAAAGGAAUUUUCUUGUCAAGUGUCUUACAACAAAGGACAGAUUUUUUUAAAAAAAAACUUUGAGGAAAUGACAUGGUGAUGUCCUUUCAAAUGAGGAAAUGAAUCCUCUUCCUGUGAAAAUGAAAUCCUCCACAUAUCUCAGUUGCCUUUUAAGCCUUUCAACCUGUCAAUGAAAUUGUGUAAUCAAAUAAUAGCAUGCCUGAAGCUUAUAGCCUUUUCUUGAGAAGUAGUAUCAUCAAACGAUGUGCUCUAUUGAUUUUAAUCACACUGAACCAGAUUUUUUAAACUUAGAGUAACGGUAUUGGCUUCAGUAGGAUUACUCCAGAAUUUAUAUCAUAUAAGCACAGAAUUCUGUUCAUUUAAGCAAAAUAUUAUCCACUAUAAGGUACUGGAACAUCACUAGGUGAAAGAAAAUAUGGUCGGAUUUUCUUUUUCUGGAAGCUAUUCAAAUAGUCUUUCCUUCUGACCACCUGCUAAAAUUGUCAGAUAUUUGCCUCCAUUUUGUGAUGAGUAUUCAAGGUCAUUGCAGUGCUCAAAUGUACAUGCUGUUUUACUUUUUCUUCCUAGUCAGCCUGAGUUCUUGUUCACUUUUUCAUUUUUUAUCCAUCAUAUAUUGUACUUCAACACUGCUAUGCUAAAAGUGCAUUUUCUUUUUAGUUUAUUAAAGGUAUUUUCCAGUUAAUCCUAACACUUCUGAGCAUGUCUACUGGUUCCCAAACAUGUUCAGCCACUAAAACUUGCAUGCUCUGUACAGUUUUAUUAUUUAUUUAUUUUGGGGAUUUAUAUAUGUACUGCCUUUCAAAACAUAAAAUCUUUCCAACUACCAUAAAAACAUCAUUCAAUACAUCAAUACUAUAAUUAAAAGAGGAGUAGAAAGCAGUUUGAUAAUUAUCCUUUGAGCAGGAAACUGUUUCAAAUUCUGCUAAAUUUUGCUUUGCAGGAGCUUAAAUGAAAGAGUAUUAACAGUAUGUUUUAUUGACUUUGGUAUUCCAUUAAUUUUUCACUUUAUAAAUGGAGCUAUUAAGUUCUUACUUCACUAUAGAACGUUUUAGUUUGUCAGGAUUUUGUAGGUGGUAUGAAACGAACUAAUUCCAUAAACACAAGGAUUUCACCCCCUCUCUUCCCCCUUCAUGGCCCCUAAAUUUGUUCAGCGGUUUUUUCCUACUCUGUAGAUCAAAUUUGAGGAGGAUGUGGGGUUCUCAUGCGCAGGGAGGAGGGAGUUCUGGUGUGUAAGUGGGGAUUUUUUAUGUUGAAGGAAAAAUCUAGUUGGACAUUGCCCUGUAAAUUGUCUUCUGAAAAGCCUUCCCCCAGCUCUCCAGAACAGAUUUGUGCCAGUGUGUCGGAACUACAGGGAACAGCGGGAUUCAGCAGCCUCUAACUCAGUGGCUGUCACUGCCCCAGAAGAUCAAGCACCUAUUGUUCAUAUUCAUUUCAAACCUUGAAAGUAUUUGAUGGGGAAAACAGACUUAAGAUCUUGCAAAUCACUUUCUGGUUUUCUCACUUGCCCCAAAUAUGCUGCCAGAGAUGCUUCCCCACUUUAUGGCUUCUCUUUCCAAGGUACCUCCAGAAUUUCAGUACCUUCCCUAUCCCUCCCCACUCUGCAUCAUCUGGAUCCCAGGCCGAACCUCCAAAUUCCACCCACAAGGUAAACUCUUUGCAGGGAACAUGGCUAAGGUUGUGCAAAUUUAUACAAGUUCAUGAUUUGCUAUUCAAAAAAAAUCUUUUGGUUUCUUCUUACAGAGUCUGUAUUGCCAUGGUGCAAAAUUUGAUUUUACUGGGAAGAAAACUUCACAGUGACCUUCAGCAGAGUAACUAGAAUAAUAACUCAGUGAGUUGAUACACUUUGGCAGUACAAGAAUUAAAAUAAAAUAGUAGCGGGGAAGUAUUUACCUCAUGUAUAUUUGCUUUGAGAUGCAACUAGGCAUACAGUGGUGCCCCGCAAGACGAAUGCCUCGCAAGACGGAAAACUCGCUAGACGAAAGAGUUUUCCGUUUUGGAGGUGCUUCGCAAAACGAAGCUCCUAUGGGCUUGCUUCGCAAGACGAAAAUGUCUUGCGAGUUCCUGCGGUUUUUUUUCCCUUCCCCCCCCUUUUUCUAAGCCGCUAAGCCGCUUAUCUGCUUAUCCGAUAAGCUGAUAAGCCGCUGAUAAGCCGCUAAAAGCCGCUAAAAGCCGCUAAAAGCCGCUAAAAGCCGCUAAUAGUGCUAAUAGCGCUAAUCCGCUAAUCCGUCAAUGGGCUUGCUUCGCAAGACGAAAAAACCGCUAGACGAAGAGACUCACAGAACAGAUUCUUUUCGUCUUGCGAGGCACCACUGUAUAUAAUGUGGUUAAGCAAAUGUAACCUAUUUCCAUUUAGACAAUUUUGACAGUGAUUGAUUUUGAUCUAUAAUGGCAUGGCUGAAAUAUUGAUAAACUUGAGUUAGCACCUUCAAAUGUUUGAAUGCGACACAUCACAAAGUACAUAGGUGAGAUGGCAGACCCAGUUGUGCUUAUUGCUUGUGAAUGUACUCUUAGAAACAUAAAAGGAUAAUAAUAGAAUCAUAGAAUUGUAGAGUUGGAAGUAAUAAAAGUUUUGUGUUUGUUAAGCAGAGAUGAAAUGUUUGGAUACAGUUACAUAGUAUUGUUUUGUUUUUUGUUUAAUUAUCUAGCUAUUGGUUUUAGACUUUAAUAACAUGGCACCAUUGCACAUGAGCUUCCUAUAGCAUUCUGGUCAAAAUGUAAAGGGUCUGUUUCACCUGUAAGGACUUUACACACCUUUUGCUUUGAUUACUACAAGCUUUGGUCUGUCCAGAAGGGAUUAUAAUGAUUUAUCCUGCAUUUGUUUAGAUAACUUCUGUUCUUCUUUGAUAUUUUAGGAAUGCUUUAAAAUGUACUCUGGCUCUCUGCAUAAAAAGAGAUUAGGAAGCUAGCUAUAAAUUUGAUAUGCUUGGCUAACACAAAAAGCAUACAAGAGAUUCUUUAGGUUAAUUAUUCUUCAGUAUCCAUGUGGUGGGUAAAUCACACUUGCACUUUGCAUGGUUGACCAUUAAGCUCAUUGAUAUGCUGCUAUAUGUCAGGGAUGGCUGACUUCUGCAUUGUUGGGGACCAUGCCAUUCUCCUAAUCACCUGGUGGUAGGAAGUGUCUAUUAACUAGCAACCGACUUUCUCAUGACUAGUCAAGCUCCAUAAUAAAGUAGGUGCAGUGCAAUACUUGUUGUUGUUGUUUAGUCGUUUAGUCGUGUCCGACUCUUCGUGACCCCAUGGACCAGAGCACGCCAGGCACCAGAGCACGCUUAGGGUAUCACAAUUAUAGAACCCAUGUGCUCAAGGUUUAGCCAGGACAAUACAUACAAAAUCCAAAAGAGAGAGUAUGUGUGGAGUCACUAUUUCUUGGGAAUGGAAUCUCUUUUCCUUAUAGCUGAAAGUGUAGACCAGCCUUUCAUGACACCAUGCUUAUAAUUUGGUUGGGCUGUAGAAGGUGCUGUAAAAUGAUUUGGUCCCGGGAUUGUCAGUUGGUCUUUCCUGUCAUAUAUUUAAAGUCAAAAUUUAAAACCCUUGGUAGCAAACAUUGGAACAAGAACAGCUCAUUAAUUUUUAGAGAUGAGCAAAACCCAUGUUAGACCCGCUGCCAACAUGUGAGAUGCUGGGCCCACCUGAUUCCUGGCAUGCCCAUGGCAGCAGCCAACAGGGCUGAGGGGACAGCUUUGACUGGAGCUCUGGACUGCAUGCCCAAACUCACCAUUCUGCCAUAUUAAUUAUGCUGCCCUGGUGUGCUUCUGGCAUGGAAUCCAGUGCUCCAAGUGGCAAUGGGGACUGCAGGGGGCAGCUCGGCAAUGACACAGAUCAGAGCUAUCUUGAUUAUGUUUGUAUUGGCCUCAGCCUACACAUUUCACAGCUGAAGUGGCAUAAGAUGGCUGUGCCACCACCAUCGUAGAUAGGUUGGCAGGUAGCAAUCUUGGAGGUGGAGUAGACAUAUCUCAGAAGUUGUUGGAUCUGGGGGAAUAUACCUAGUGAGGAAUAUAAAGAACAUUAGAGAGCAAAGGCUUUAAGGGGGGAUGGAAUUGUUUUAAGGUCUGACACACACACUGGCUUAAAUUAAGUAUUCUUCUUUUAAGGAUCAAGCAAUAAGAUAGGAUCCAAAGGCUUAUCUAGUCCAACAUCCUACCAAAUACCUGAAGCCCUGUCAAUUCAUUCAAGCUAGCCAAAUACACAUUUACCUCUCUAGCAUAAUAGGUUUUGUUUUAUGUUUUCAAUUUUUAUUCCACAACUGAGAAUAUAAACAGGGAAGAAUUAAGUGUUGUGCUUUUACAAAUGUUCUAUCAGCACAAGGACUGAACAACCCCUCCUCUCUCCUCUAUGAACAUUUCUGGGGGUUUUCCCAUUCCCACUGGGCCAAUUUGGGGUGCAAGUGCAGGAGGCAAGACAGGAGGGAAAACCUUGUUAUGCUAGGGGAAGUCCAGUUAGUUGAAUCCAGCCCAGAAUGAUAAAGUAACUAAUAACAAACAACAGAACAUUCUAGCAUGCUGUUUCUGUAUGGUUGCUUUUUUGGGGGAGGGGGGUGUCUUUUAGUUUAUGAACAGUAGGCAGAUUACUUAGUCUGUAGACUUCAGUGGUUUCUUUCUAUCCAUUCUUACUCCAGCUCCCUUCCAUGACAGUGCUACCUAUUUCAACAUGGUCCUCACUUUUUGAGGUAAGAUUUUAGGUUGUACAUAAUAUUCCUUCCAAUAUUACAUCAUAAAAAAUGUAGCAUUAUAUAUUCCCCUUUUGUAAGCUGAAAUCAUCAAGAUAAAUAAUUUCCCCUGCUAAAAAAGGGUAAAGGACCCCUGACAGUUAAGUCCAGUCGUGAACGACUCUGGGGUUGUGGCGCUCAUCUCACUUUACUGGCCGAGGGAGCCGACGUUUGUCUGCAGACAGUUUUUCUGGGUCAUGUGGUCAGCAUGACUAAGCCGCUUCUGGCGAAACCAGAGCAGCGCACAGAAACGCCGUUUAAAAAUGUGUGUAUGUGUGUGUGUACACACGUGUGUAUAGAGAGAUCGAGAGAGAUCAGAGGUCUGUAUUACAGUACUGUCAUUGCUUGAAGCCAUUGCUAGUCAUAACACAUUUUAAUACCACCAAUCCACUAACUGUGACCUUCCAAUUCCUUUUCUCAGCUUUUUGUUUUGCUUCCUUCAACAGUGGACACUGAGGUGCCAAUCUUUGUGCUACUGUUUAAUUUGCACAGCAGGAUCUACACGACCAAACAGAUGGCUGAUCUCAGUCAGGAAAAUACAACUGCAAAAUGUACAGAGUGUUGCACAUCAUUUGAACCAAGCAAUGUUGUGCUUUUUUGCCCCCGUUGCAAUAAUGGCACCAUGAGCCCUGAACAAGCUGUAGUAGAGACCUCAGAUUCACCAACUACUUCAGUGAGUGAAUGUUCGGAUCCCGAAGACACCUUGUCAAAGAAACAAACAUCUUAUUUAGCAAAUGUAAGGAUACUAACUUCAAAGAUUUUAUUUUCUUCCUGUUCCACCAUCCUUCCACCACCCCAGUGUAUGUUCAGAUAACUUUCCCUUUUGUGAAAUGCCUUUGUGAAAUCUGGCCAGUGAUAGUAACGUCAGGCAAAAUAGGAAAAUGUCAGGAUUCAAACCUAUAAAGCACUCCCUUCCAGGAAAGCUGCUUACCCACUCAGCCACAGAAACAGGCAGAAGACGUGGAACAUUUGCCAUCCUCCAGGUGACCAUGUACAAUUCCAACCAUAUGUGGCAGGACCAAAUAGGACACAUAAGAAACUCUAGCCCUAUGAAACAGUAGAAGUCUUGCCUGGAGAAAGUCCUAGGCUUAUACUCAGACAGGGAUAGGAAGCUUAAGCUUGUGCAGACACACCUGACCAAGCCAUUUGGGUGCUGGAUGGGCAAAUUACUUGUUUCUUAAUGGACCUCUGCUCCAUCUUCCUGUGCUGUUUUUCUUGGCCGGCUAGCUCUGCUAAGUUAUUGAUCAUAUAUGCCUUGUUCCUCCCCCUCCCCCUGCCAGUUGAUGGACUCCUUUACAGUGGCAGCAGUACCUGUUUCACUUGUGGGUUCCGAGAGGCUGCCCGCUUUGAAUGGAGGGCUCACUGAACUUAAAUCCCAGUAGUAGAAAAAGCAUUGGCACCCCUCCCAGUUAAGACUCUCAUCCUGAAGUGAGAUUGAACUAGGAUGGGAGAAGAGAUCCCUAUCCGCUAACUCCCAGUAACAAAGAAAUGGCAGCUGUAUGAAAUCUUUUUAUUGAACGGCAUGGCAGAUGGAAUAGCGUCUGAAACAAAGGCAGGUGGGAUUGCCAGUCUUUUGUCCCAGCGGCGGUUCGUUGCCAUUGAAAACUGCAUAACAGCAGGCAGAAGAGUUGCAGGUGUUACGCUCGCCGUGGCUUCUUCUACAUGUUGGAUAUGCCUUUACCUGUUUAAGCAGCUGCCUGCCUGUCAUCUUGCAAAGGUGCAGGAGCCUGUCUGGUAGCUCCACAGAGGAAAACCUAGAAGUGUUCUGGUGACUGCUAAGGAUGAGUGAGCUGUCCAGAACUUGCCUUAGACCAUCGCUUCUCAACCUGUGGAUCCCCAGAUGUUGUUGGACUACAACUCCUAUCAUCCCUGAGCUCUGGGCUUGUUAGCUAGGGGUGAUGGGAAUUGUAGUUCAACAACAUCUGGGGACCCACAGGUUGAGAAAGGCUGCCUUAGACUGACUUAUUCUCUGAUCCCUCCCACACCCUGCUCAGGCCAAUUUGAGGGCGUCAGAAAAAGCAUCCACUAUUCCCAGAAGCCCUUUCUGCCGGUCCCCUGCCUCUGAAACGCAAGCUCUCUAACCUUCCUCUUUUAAAACCUAAUAGGCAUGGCGCUUUGAGCAGUGACAGCAGAGAGAUGAAACAAGUCCCCCUUGCAACAACUGGGGUGACAUCAUUAGAUCAGUUUCAGCUGAUGUUGAGAAUGUAGAUAUGUUGAAUCAUUUGAUUUUCUUUGAAAUAAUAGCUCAGAUUUAAUCUCACAAUUUUCAAAAGUUACAAUAAUUGUGUGGAGAAAUUAAGCAGAAGUGGUGAUUGACCUAAAUUUCUAUUAUUCCCCUGAUGCUUUUUAUAGAAAAUAUGUACAAAGGACAUUUUCUUUUGUUUUCAGUCCAGUGCUGUGUACUGCAUUUAUUUGAGAACACAAGUAUUUGAAACUUGUACAGCACAAAUCUUUAAAAGCUUUUGUUGCAAAAAAAAUCCCCUGAAAUAAAUAUACAUUCAAAACAAAUGGGAUGGGAAAGCACUUAAGAUUGAAACUCCAGAGGAUUACCCAUAAUUUGGUCAAUUAACACAAAUUGGCCUCCUUAAAGUAGUGCUCUUAAAAAGCGGGAUGCAAACUUUGAACAAUCUCAGAUAAACUUUGUUUGAACAUACCAUGAGUGAUUUACAUCUGAUAUAAAAAGAUAAUAUAGUAACCUAUGAUUAUACUUUUUAUGUCAUAUAGUAUAAUCAAAAAGAAUUACUUCAUUUUACUAUUGGCAACUGAGUUUUACAUCUCGGAUGGUCAGUAGAAUGCAUAGGAUGUUUUGAAAAGCAUGACCAUUAACUUUAGAAUUGCCAUAUAUGAAAUCCAUUAUUGUUAUAGAUUUCUUUACUUUUUUAGUGUAAGAUGGAUAUUAUAUUAGCACAAAUAAUUUUAGCAUCAUUUUAUUCUCUUAGUUAUACAUUUACUUGUCUUUUUUCCAACAUCAGCUACUUCAUUAAUUUAGUAUCUAAUUGAUUAACUUAAUGCAAGCACUUAAUGCAGUGUCAUUUUUUGUUAGCGUAUCCCAGUUGGCUGAUUCACACAAAAAGAAUAAUCUUUUACUCUGCUUGAUAAAAAAAAAAGUAUUAGGCAUUAGGAAUUUUUUAAAACCCUACUAAUUCUAGAUUCUUUAUUCAGGCUGUCUAACACCAGUAGCAUUUACAGUUGUAAAUAUGUAAAUACAAAUACAUUUCCACUACUGUUUAUUUAGUGGAAUUCCUUAUAUAUAUUGUCCGGUAUCAGUUUAAAAAGGAUUUUUUAAAAGCAGCCAUUAGGCUCUUCUGCUUGGUUGGCUUAUAUAGGUACAGAGUGAAUCAGAUUGCCCUAUUUUAUUUUAACACGGUCCCUUCCAACUCUACAAUUCUAUGUUUCUAUUAGAAUAUGAACAUAGGAACCUGCUUUAUGAAAAAAAGUUUUAUUGUGCAUUGAUUUGGCUAUUUCUGGUUUGAGAGUGCCAUACUGCUAUAUAAAUAUUUUGGAAUAAAAAAACAAAAAUUGAAUUGGAUUAUUAGUUCAUCUAGCUCAGUACUGUCUCUUUACUGUGAUUGGCAGUAGCUUCUCCAGGACUCAGAUUAAGUUUCUUCCCAGUCUUGAGACUUGUAUUGAAUAUGGGGUUUUGGAUUGACUAUAAGUACAUAGAACAUAGGAAACUGACUUUUAACAAGCCAGAUCUUCAGUCCAUCUAGCUCAAUAUUCUUGACAUUGGCUAGCAAUGCCUCUCUGGGUUUCAGGCAGGAAUCCUUCCCAGCCCUCCCUAAAAACACCAGGGAUGGAACCCGGAACCUUUGACAUGAAAAGCGUAUGCUCUAUCACUGAGCCAUGGACCUUCUCCUGCGAAGCAUGUGCAUCACCCUUAGGGAAUGAUCCCUUUUGGGACCAUAGCUGGUGUGCUACCAGCUAUCAAGGCAGGAUGGUGCUGUUCAGGGUGGCUUUCGCUCUUUCAGCUGGUGGUACAUGGGGGUAACUGCUCACCUGCUGCCUAGACAUACUAGUCCUCUUGUAGAAAACAAGGAAAUAGAGAGGCUUAUUGGGAGACAUGCUGCAGAAUCUGGAUUCUGUGAGUGAGACUGGCUUUUCAGCAAGCAUUUCCUAGAACUGAAGUAGAACAUAAAAAAGCAAUGCAAGCUUAAAUCACGUUGGAACUCCUUGCUGAAAUAGAUUAAAUGCAUCAGAAAGGAAAAAGGAAUACAUAUUUUUAUAUAAGGUGUCUUUAGACUCUCUUUCUUUCCACUUAUUCAUACUCCGACACAGGGGUAGCCAAUGUGGUGACUUCCAAGUGUUACUGGACUUCAGUUCCCACUAUCCAUUACAAUUGGCCAUACUGGAUGGGGCUGAAGUGAGUUGAAGUUCAACAACAGCUACUACAUUGGCUGCCUCCUGCUCCAUCAUACAUUUUGAUUGUUUUGCGAUCUGUUGUUUUGAAAUCUAAUAAGUUCACCUUUUCUAGGUCUCGUCCCACUUCAUAUAUUUUCUCGUUUUCUUGUAAUAACUUACAUAUAACUUACUGCAUGUGCCGGAAGGUACAUAAAAUAGCAUAUAGCCUUUUAAAACAAUGGUUUGUAUUUUAAUUUCAUGCUUCUCUUUUUAUGUCCCUAAAGAUGCCAAAGUCAGAACUAACAGACUCUCAGAGGAAAAUGCUCAUUACCACCCCAGGCAUUCGUGGCAGUAAUACAGAUUUCAAAGUUCCUCACACGCGAAUAGAAGAUGGAGCAGCAAUUCAGGUUCGUAGUUGUGCAUUCCUCCAGACUUUUGGUACAAUUUUUAAUUAGAAGAUGGCAAAAAUAGCUGUGUAAAUAGCUGCGUUGGUCCAUGGGUGGGAGAGUGGUAAUGCCUGUAUAAGGACCAUCCUGACUGAUAUAAUACAGUAUCAUAGAAUCACAGAACUGCAGAUUGGUAUCCAAAGGGUCAUCAUGUCCAACCCUCUGUAAUGCAGCAAUCUCAAUGUCAAAAGCAAGCUUUCAAGUUCCUCAACACUCUUCAUCAGGCUUGAUGUCAGAGACUGGGCAGAGGAGGAAUGGUGGAGACUGCCUCCCCAGCCAGACCCUUCCAGAGAAGGAGGAGACUUCAGAAUUACAACAGGGGUUUGAGGAAAUCACAGCUCAGAGGCAGAUGAGGGGAAAAGCUGGGAGAUAAUGGGAGAGGAGGUAGAAGCACCACCCGAGGGGGGGACAACUGACGGACUCUGAUGGACUCAGUGUCUUUAGGAAGCACUCCAGACCCUGCCCCCUGAACCCUGCAGGCAUUGAAAGUAGGAGAGCAGAGAGCUCAGAGGCAGAAGGCAUCUCAGCCACCAUAGUGAUGAUGCAUAAUGGGAGAGGUGAAGAGGGUGGGGUUUCACUUGGAACAACACCAUUACUCCAAGAGGCUGCAUUUCUAAGCUUCUCUCUGUGACUAUUGAAUAAAAAGCAUCGGUAAGAACUUUCCUUGUCUUAUCCAUUCCUGGCAAUCUACCAUGGGGGGUUUGAUCUUCUGACUCUUGACACUGUAUAUUCAACAAAGCAAGAUGGAGGGGGCAAUAAAAAUGGUCAUUUAUUAUUGUUAAUCUAAUAUAAUAUUCAUUCAAGCUGCUUCUUUUUUUGCAUUUCUAUAUCUAUCAGAACAGUUUUGCUGUUCCGUUACGGUGGCAUCCUCAGGUUGCUUGGCCAAAAGAUCUAAAGCAACCUGGUGAACACAAUGGAACUAAAAAGGGCUGGAGUGGACACAGCUACAAUAUACAAAUAGAUUAAUGGGAUGACAAGUAGUUUACGUGGUGUUAAACCCAUUUUUCAAACAACAAAUUGUUAGCAAAAUUAUGUACUUUGUAGAUACAGCACUUUUCUAGUUGGGAUUCUAUGAACUUAAGAAGAGCCCUGCUGCCUUGGAUCAAAGGCCAGUCUAGUCCAGUACCCUGUUCCCACAGUGGCCAACCAGAUGCCUAUGGGAAGCCUGCAAGCAGGUCAUGAGUGGAAUAAUGUGUUCCCUAGCAAGUGCUAUUCAGAAGCAGAAUGUCUCUGAUACUGGAGAUAAUAUAUAUUGAUAAUAAUGACUAUUAGCCAUUGAUAGCGAUAACAACAGCAGCUUGUAAAGUACUUGCGGUUUUCUAAAUACUGAACAUACAUUAAAGAAAAGGCAGCCCAUACAUGCAGGAUAGACACGAUACAAAUGGAAAAAAGAAAUGGGGAAGGGAAAAGGAAAGCAAGUAUUUGAGCAGCUGCUCUUUUGUCAGCCAAUAGAUGGGGCCAGGUCGACAUUCCCUCACCAAAAAGAUUUCCUUGAGAGGCUGCUCCUGCUGCUUGAUCAUUUUGAAUGCCAUCAUGUGCAACUUUUCCAGUUCUACAAUUAUACUUUGCAAUCGGUGGUGGCCAAAACUGUGCCCUGUAAUCCAGGUGCAGCCACACCAUAUAUAUGUAUAAAGUAUUAUGAUAUGGGCAGGUUAGUUUUUUAUUCUUUCCUAAUGAUCCCCUGGCAUUCAAUUUGCCUUUUUACAGCAGCAGCACACUAGGCUGAUAUUUUCAUUGAGCUAUCCACCACACACCCAAUAUCCCUUUACUGAUCAGUCACCAUCAGCAUGUAUGUAAAGUUAGGAUUCUUUUGCCCCACUGUAUAAAAUGGAAGACCCGUGUAUUUUCCUGAAAGCAUCCUAGAACAUUUAUUUUGCAAGUGCCUACUUUUUCAAGUGCAAAGCACACACCAUUGCUGUCAGCCCCCUGCCCCUGUCAUCACAAUCUGGUUUUUUGAUGUCCUGCAAAACUCAACGUUCCUCAGUAAUAAGGAUUUGAAUAUUUAGUGAAAUUCAUCAGUCUUGAGGAUAUUUUCCUCAUAUAUAUUUGACUACUAACAUAACUUAGGGGCUCAUCCACACUUUCACUUGUCCUGUGCCUAGAAAGCCCAGGUUUGAGCAAUUUUCCACUUGCCCCAUACUUUCUGGGCAUAGGUCUGAGCGGUUUUGCCCUGGUCCCACAGAUUUCCCUGAGAAAACCUGCUCUUUACCAAUGAAUCAUAGCAAAUGUCAGUCCACAGAAAGCCCAGCUGGCGUUUGGUCCAAUUCAGCAGUAAAGAUUGGGUUUCCCCGGGGGGGAAAUGGUGGGGCAAGACCAAGUCUGGAUGAGUCUUACAUGAGUGUUCCUCUGUAACAUUCAACUUGUUAAUUUUAUUCUUCUUAUUCUUCUUAUUACUGCAGCAAAUUUAUUCAUUUGGAAGGAAAUUAGGACAAGGCAGCUUUGGUGUGGUGAUUGAAGUAACAGACAAAGAAACAGGCAUGAAGUGGGCAAUCAAGAAAGUGAACCGGGAAAAGGUAGGCUUCAAUUGUAUUGGAGUAUGAGUUUUUAUUUUUCAGACAAUGAUAAUAUUAUUUAUUACAAAUUAAUCACCACAAUGCAUUUAUGUGCCCCAAAUUCACAUUGCAAAUGGUGAAUGUGUUGAUUUUCAUGCUGCCAUCAGUUUUCUUCAACUUUCAUUUCUCAGAAAACAUGAGACAUAAUAUUGUGAACAACUCUGAGACCUAUGGAUAAAGGGUGAUAUACAAAUAUAAUAAUAAUAAUAAUAAUAAUAAUAAUAAUAAUAAUGCUACCAUUUUCAAACAAAUGGUUCAAAUGAAGUAAGUGGUUUUGAACUGCCUAGUAUUUUCUGAAUAUUUUAAUUCCAGGAAUAGUAUUUGGAUAAAUAAUUGCAGAAUCAAUUUUGUAAUUAUUGAGUUACGUAGUGUAUGAUCCUAUCCUGCACCGGUUCAUCACCCAACCACAGAGGGAAUGCUAUCAGGCACAAGAGACUCAUGUUUCUACCCUCCUCUUUCCUUUUUGGUGAGAAGGCUGUGGCAUAUCACUAGGCCAUUAGGGGAAUGGAAGGCUUCCACAUUCCUUACAUAUCUCAAUUCAGCCUGCUGUCUCUACUUGUUGGCAUUUCAAGCCUGAGCAGAGGGUCAAGGCUGUAUGGGGAUAUUUAUUUAUGUAUGUAUUUGGAGCACUUUUAGCCCACACCUCAACAUACAGUUCCAAGGUGAGCUAAGUCCAAUUAAAAACAAAAUAACACUAGUUCUAAUAUAUUUAAAAGAGCAGGUAAAAACUACAUAUCCAUUAAAAUACCAUACAUAAAAAGGCCUGCGAGUCUGGUGGGAUUUUAUUGAAUACAUUAAAAAAAAUUAUAUUGGUCUUGUCCACAAGUCUCAAAAAAAUUAGGACAAGUAACAUCUAAUUGGAGUAAUAUAGAGCCUUUUAUUCUUGGUACUCCUCUGAUGGUUUCAGAUGGUUUAUAGGCUUGUUUUUCUGUGUAUCUUGCAACUCAUGUGUGCCAUACCUCUUGCUCUCUCUUCACUUACCUGUCUGUAUCUUAUUGCAAAUAUCGGGAUAGUUUUAUCAUUCCUCUUAUGAAUGUAACAACCCAUGCCUACCUUGGCUUGGUUUAGUUUUUUAUGUGUUUGUCUCAUGAAGUUCUGGUAGGGGUGUUUGACAGGACUAAGGCUAUGGAACCUGACUUUGAAGCUGCCGCAAGAAAUGUGUUUCUCUCACUCUUAAAGGCGGGGAGUUCUGCAGUAAAACUACUUGAAAGGGAAGUGAGCAUCCUAAAAACAGUAAACCAUGAGCAUAUAAUACAUCUUGAACAAGUGUUUGAGACUCCCAAGGUAAGACAUUAUCAAUAGAAAUCCUAUAAUGCAGUUAACCCAAAGGUGCAAACCAUGUGUGAUGAUGACAGAUGGUUGUGUUAGAAUUGUACUGCGGUUCAGUUCCUAUAAAGUGGAGAUGGGGCUUUAUAGAGGGCGAGAGGGUGCUGAAGCUCCCAAGCCACCCAGUGGUGCUCUGAUAUAGUCCCACUAGGAGUAAAAGACCUUUGAAGAAGCUGUUUAUCAGGGAAGUGAGUUGUGCAAAGGGUCCUUCCACAUUUUUCACCUUGAAUGACUCUUCUUCUUUUUUUUAUUCCCCCCCUUUUUUUUACCUUGAAUGACUCUUUGAAAAGCACUUAUAACCAAUAUCACUUUAUAUUUUCAGUUUUUAAAUGUUGUAACAUUUAAGAAUACAGUUGUACCUUGGGUCCCAAAUGCCUUGCAAGUCAAACGUUUUGGCUCCUGAACGCUGCAAACCUGGAAGUGAGUGUUCCGGUUUGCAAAUGUUCUUUGGAAGCCGAACGUCUGACAGUGCUUCCACGGCUUCCGAUUGGCUGCAGGAGCUUUCUGCAGCCAAUCAGAAGCCACGCCUUGGUUUCUGAAUGUUUUGGAAGUCGAAUGGUCUUCUGGAACAGAUUCCAUUCAUCCUCCGAGGUACCACUGUAGUUGGCUGUUCAAAAAUAUGAAGAAUAUUAAUUCUUCAAUCUUUCUAAAACAAAAAUGUUUAUUCUAUUUUUAACUAAAUAUUUGAGGCAUUUAGAUUGAAAAUAUAUAUUAAUACUUUCAUAUUAUACCCACACAUUUAUAUUGUUUAUUUCUUAAUGUUAGCGUGUGUACCUUGUAUUGGAGCUAUGUGAGGAUGGAGAACUUAGAGAGAUUCUACAAAGAAAAGGUCAAUUUACAGAGAAUGAGACACGGCACAUCAUUCAGAGUCUUGCCUCAGCAAUAGCAUAUCUUCACAAAAGAGGUAAUGUGAUGAUUAUUACGUUCUUAUAGAUUAUUAUAUCUCAUUUUCACAAUUUUGUAUCUCUUACUUGUUUCAUAGUAUAAUUGUGGCCCUAUCAACUGAAAAGCAACAUUCUUUUAACACACACAUUUUUUGUUGCUCAUUUACUAGUUAAAAUGCCAUUACUUUCUCCUAUUUUCUUCUAAUUAUUUUUCUUCGUUCAUUACAGCAGUAACUUUUUUCAGCAAAUAAGUGCAGAAUGUUGUUGUUAUUGUUGUUGUUGUUAAUUUUGUUGUUGUUGUUGUUGUUACCCCCUCCCCUUGCACACUCUUCAAACCCCAUGCCCCCUCCCCUUACAGUUCACCUAACCCACCCUACCCUCGCCUGAGUAUUGUUCUGCCAUUGUGCCGCAGUUGGCCAGCCAGCUAAACUGCGGCAUUGCAGUGUUUUUUCUUACAAAAAUAUAAUACGAAAUACUUGUAUUGAUUAUGGAUAAUAACUGAGAGCACAACUGUGAAUGGGAAAUGGGACAAAAUGAGAAAGAGUUGUUCAUCUUUACUUCUGAUGAACCUUAUGCUUUGUCCUUCUGAGCACAGGAAGCUAGCUGGAUGAUUUCCUUUGAUAUGCUAAUUUUACAAAUGGGUGCUUUUAAAGUGCAUCAAAUGACAAAUCAUAUUAUUCAAAAUUAUGAUUUUCCCUUUAUUAAAAGAACGGAUCUAAGUUUGAUCCAGAUUUGGAAUGUACAGACCAGACUUUUUCUAUAAAAGAAAACUGUGUCUGCAACGUGCACUAAUGUAGGAUAAAAUGCACUAAAAGUGUAGCUCAUAAAUUACUCAAUCAAAAGGGUUUAAAACAUUUAUGUCAGAAUAUUUUCAAUGCAAUUGAUAAAUAACACUUACUUUUUGUUCUCCAUCUUGACAGAUAUUGUUCACAGAGAUCUGAAAUUGGAAAACAUUUUAGUUAAAAGCAGUGACAUUGAUGAAGAAAAUGAAAUGAAAUUAAAUAUAAAGGUAAGCCCAGAAAUUGCAACACUUUACUUUAAGCAGUACUUUUGCCUGUGGUUUUUUUAAAACCCAGGAAUCAGAAGUCAAGUUUCCAAGUAAAUGCCUAUUAGUAGCUUUUGAACUGAAACAUAAUGGUGUAAUCAAGCCAAAAAUAAAAGGUCUGAGAUAAGAACAAUUGACAAGAAUGUAGGAGUCAAGUGCCAUUGAAGAAAGUUCUUGUUGAGCAAAGAGUAGUAUAGUUAUAGGCCAUUUAAAAAGAAAUGUUUUUAGAAGUGUACUGUGUUAUUCUUAUACCUUUUUGGAUAUAGUUCCAAGCCAUUAGCAAGAGUGAGCUGGGGAGCUGUAAUUAGUAUGAAUUAUGCAUACUGCCAAUUUAUUUUAAACAUUUUAGUAAUUUUGAAAAACAUAUGAUGCUUUACAUAUCAGCUACUUUCUAUUUUGUAGACUUUGGAUAUUAUAAGUAUUUACUACCUAAACGCAUUAAACGUAUCAAGAACUUACACUCAUUUAUUUGUGUGGAAAUAAUUGGAACUUGAUGGUUGCUAAAUUAUAUAUUACUUUAUCCUUACUUAAAAAUUUUAUUGCUGUUAUAAAAUGGCUGUGAGGAUUGUAUAAGAAGUGCAUGCUGACACAUAGAACCGAAGUACAGAGGUUCAACCUGCAGUAACUAAAGCAGCACACUAUGAUAAAUUGUAUUUUAAUUAGAGUGUUCUUUGUGAAUCCGAACUUUUCUUUGCACAAGUUCACAAGAACAUUCCACCAGGCAUUUCUCUUCAUGUGUUGCUUCUGAACAUACUUUUGCUUGUAGCUGCAUGGAGAAAUGCACAAUAAUUCUCAAGCUGGGGGUUGUUUGUGCUGUGCACUGGAAGGGAGAGGAAGAGCGAGGACAGUCAUGUUUCCCCUGCCUCUGCAGACUGGGCUGUGACAGCUUGCUGAUGUGACUGUGCAGCCUUGUUACUUCCCCUGUGUUGGUGUCAAUGUGGUACAUUCAAGCUUCUGUUUGUUUGUUUUUCCUGGGAAGACUAAAGAGAAAACCCGUUUGUUUUGGCUGCUUUGGGACUAUGCUCAGCCUCUGUGAUCUUCCUACCCUAUGCCUUGUUUUCUUCACCAUCCUUGUAGUUUCUCCCAAUUUUGAAUGUUGCCCAUAAGUGCCAUAUUGCUGUCACAACUGACAUUUUGCUUUGGACUUUUAAAUGUGGUCUUUGGGCUCAGUGAGCAUUGGUAUCCCACAAAGACUAUUGUGUGUGUGUGGGGGGGGUAUCCUUCAGAGGCCCUGAGGCUUUCAACACCCUAGACCAGCGUACUGGAAUAGGGUCUGUCCCACCCACAGGGAAAUGGCCAAGGCAUGGCUACCCACCUGCAUUUAGAAUCAUAGAAUCAUAGAGUUGGAAGAGACCACAAGGGCCAUCGAGUCCAACCCCCUGCCAAGCAGGAAACACCAUCAGAGCACUCCUGACAUAUGGUUGUCAAGCCUCUGCUUAAAGACCUCCAAAGAAGGAGACUCCACCACACUCCUUGGCAGCAAAUUCCACUGUCAAACAGCUCUUACUGUCAGGAAGUUCUUCCUAAUGUUUAGGUGGAAUCUUCUUUCUUGUAGUUUGGAUCCAUUGCUCCGUGUCCGCUUCUCUGGAGCAGCAGAAAACAACCUUUCUCCCUCCUCUAUGUGACAUCCUUUUAUAUUUGGGUCUCCGUCUACUACCAAUAUCCCUUCCAUACUUUCUUAGUAGAUUAGGCCAGCAGAAACUGAAUCCCAACAGUUGGGCUCGGCAGGAAAAGUCCUAUAUUCUGGCAUACUUAUUUGUUUACUUACUUACAUUUCUAUUCCACCUUUCAAGGCUCCAUGCAUGUGGUCUCUCAUCAAGGCCCUAACCAGACCCAGAACUGCUUAGCUUCAGUGAGGUGGUAGCCUCACGGAUCUUUAUGCCAUAUAAUUUAACUGAUAUGUCUCUUUUUUACUCACUCAUUUCUAUUGUGUUUGGUCCCUUAUUUUUCUUCUUCCCAGUCCUACCAUGGAUAUGGUUUUCUGCUCUAGCAUUAUACAGAUAGUGGUAGCCGUUGCUCUAGAAGCUGCCAGUCACAGGAGUAGCUGCUGAAUAUAUUUUUGAGCCACUAGUUUACCUUUUAGGGCAGCAUUAUGGGGUAGUGUAUAGAAUGUUGUACUUGGACCAGGGCCAUCUGAGUUUGAACCCCAACUGAGCCAUAAAUGACUGACCAGGUGAUUUUUGGUCAGUCACUCCAUUGCAGGCAAACCUAUAUUUUAGGGUUGUUGUGAGGAUAAUAUAGGAAAAAACCUCACAUAUAUCUUCCUGAACCCCCUUGGAAGAAAAUAAUAUUACUACAUUUCUGCUUGUGAUCUCUCACGAACAACUGCAAAUAAGUGCAAGGAAGCAGCUGGUGGACUGGUCCUUGUGUGGACCAGUCAUUUAUCUAGGAAAAAGUUACUUUUUUAAAACAGAAAACCUCUGUAAGGAAGAACAAAAAUGGCAUGAAUAAAUUCUUGUUCUACUAACAACAAAAGCUGUAUUUUGGGGGGGAAUGCUUCAUUGUGCAGUGGAAAAAUGUGAAAUAUUUCUGUAGCUUAGCUUUUCAAGAUGCUCUCAGGAUUCAUUAAAAGGGGGGGGGGGAGGGAGCAAGGUAGUUAUUAACUUUUCCUCAGGUAUGUUUGUGUAUUUCUGUUGGCACAGUACUGCUCUGUGUACUGCUCUGUGCCAGGCACACAGCAGUGUGGCAGGCCACAGUAGAACAGCCCCAGGCACUUCACAUCCUAUCUCCUAUGCAGUAUCCUGGACCCAGUGCACAUGUGUGUCUCUUGCUAGGCGCAGGAAUAAGCACUAUACACAGUGGAGCUUGUACUACUAGGGAAGUCAGGCCCCAGGAAAACAAGGAAGGUGGAGGGAGGUAGUAGCUGAAUUGGCUCACCAGAAGGAGGGGAGCCACUAACGUUGGCCUCCCGACCAGGAGGACUGAGAUGGCAGAAAGGUUGAUGUGGUGCAAACAGACCUGCAGAACUGAUCUAGUGCCAUGCCAACAUCCUCGCUGCCUUGCACGUCUCCAUAGACCUCCCUAAGUAACAGCAUUCCACCUCCCAGGAAGCUAGCAUAGCUGCUCCACUCCACCUGGUGAGCUGCUCCUGGAUACAAAACUGGGCUGGGCUUCUUCUUCUUCCCCAGUCUCUGCCCUCACAUAAUAGUGUUCUGGCAGUUGAGGUAGCAUUCAGCAUUACGCUGCUGCUGAAUAGAGUCGAGAAGGAUGGAUGAGUCUGCCCCAACUUCACCCCAUCCUGUGCACCUGUGGAGUCUCCUCUGUAUGUGGAGAGGAAGAGUGUGUCCCAAACACCCAGCAAAUCAUUUAUCUCCUGAUUCUUUCCUGUCUGACUUCCUUCCUGGCUUCUUUCCCUCUUGUUGCUGUUCCCCAUAUUUAUGUCCCCCAAUGAUCUCAUAACUAAAAUAUUCGGCUUUUUAAAGUGCUUUGAUCAGACCCUAUAGCAGCACACACUUAGCUUGAAUCUCAUUAAUAAGCUCAUCACUUUUCAUAUGCUCAAAUGCUAGUGCAAUUUGCAGUGUAAGUAUUAAAGUUGUUUAAAACUCGGCUCUGAAUAUUUAUAGAAGGACUGGGGCAGAGCUUUCUCUUCUUUAGGUGUGCUGUUAUAGGAGAUCAUUUGGGAAAUCUAGUCAGAUUCCGUUAGGUUUCUCUGAAGUGGUUUUGCAAUGAACAAUGAGCUCUUCAGAGGAAUAAAAGAGUUGCAACUACAUACCAGCAGAGAAUUUUCAAGACAGUUGAGUUCUGUUUCCUGUAGGUGACUGAUUUUGGUUUAGCUGUACAAAAGAUGGGAGGAAGCGAAAGCAUGUUCCAGUCUACCUGUGGGACUCCUAUCUACAUGGGUAAGUUCAGUGCUUCAUAUGGUAGUAUUCCCAUUUAGUUUCAUCACAUGAAAGACUGGCAUUUGAAUGGAAUAAAACUUUAUUUUGUAGCCCACAGUCUGUGAAUAGGUGGUUUCCAUUUGUUUAGAUGUAUAUAUACAAUGUCUUUGUUUUGCCCAUCGUUGCUUUGGCAUAAUAAUAAUAAUAAUAAUAAUAAUAGGACAGGAAGUGUCAAACCCUAAACAGAUGCACCCCACACUGCAACAUUUUGUUGCAAGGCCCCACUUGUUUCAUAUAAAUGACUAUAUUUGCAUUGGCUCAGCAGGCAAGGACAUUGUGAAGCUGCAUACAGCUUGUUAUGGUGACUUUCUGAUCUAGAAAUCAGUAUUGUGUGUGACAACCCUCUCUGUAAUUGGCUUUUAUAUUCUGCAUUCUGUAUUUUAAGCUAUGUUGUUGACCUGGGUUUGAUACCAUACAUCAGGUUUCCUGCCUUGUUAUGACCCUUGGUUUAAAAAACCAAGACUGAUCCAAUAGCUGUGAUAUUAUAAUGGCAUGUCAAAAUGAGAUUUUAUGCUCUCUUAGCAAUUGCUUUGCAGCUUCAAAGCAAGAGCUGGAUGUAGUAAAAGGAUGUUUUCUGCUAGCUGUGACACACACUAAAUAAGUUUUGAAGGCCAGCCCGUUGGUUAUGUAACACAUGCUAAACUAAGUCAAUUAAAGUUAACUUGCUUCAGUGUCAAAACGGAUGAAGUACUGAUGCAUGACUAUUUACCUUGCCCUUUUCUCUGAGGUGAAAUGUCCUUGGCAGACAAAGAGAACUAACCUUGUACUAAAGGACAGUACAUUAGGCACUGCUAACUUUACCCUUAAGCAAUUGUUUUAAGUGUAUUGAAAUCAAACACAUUCAAGCUUUUUAUUUGUGUAUGCAGCCCCUUCACUCCUCUCUUCAUGUUAUGCAGCUAUGAAACUGGAAAGUCUUUUCAUGUGUUGUCUUAACUGAGAUACUGUGGUUACCCACUUUGGAAGAAGUAGGUUCUUAAACAAACUUGAAACUUGUGACUGUAAUUUCCUGGUUCGGAGAAAUGGGGAACUUUGGCUAAUUAGAAACUUUUUGGAUUAAACAUGGCCAACAGAAAGGGAGCUGUGAAAGGGCAGAAUGUGCAGGGAAAAGGUUUGUGCAUAUCUCCAUUUAGUAACCUGAUAUGUGAUCAUCUGAGCCAAGCCAGUGAUUAGUGAGAAAACUUUAUGUAUAUUUUUCAAUCGUAGGGCAUGUAUAAAUAUAUAAAACAGAUAAUUCGAAGCCAUUUUUUUAUUUCAAAAAGCAUGUUUAUAUUUUAAAUUGAUGUUACCCAUUUUCAGAUUUGUCUUAAAUGAAUAUUUAAAGAACCCCUUCUGUAUUUAAAUCCAGCAUAUAACCUUAUGCACUACACUUGUUUACUAAAUGGAAAUGUGUUUAUGUGGUGUCAUGAAGCAUUUGCUAUCAGUAUUUUAUAAGCAACGUUUUCUCAAUUUAUAGCUGGAAAGAAAACCAAUAAUGCAAUUACUUAGCCACAAUGUCAUCAUUCCUAAAUGAUCAAAGUGAGGACACAUCAGCAUGAAUUGUUAAGGGCUGUACAUUAUUAAUCUCAACAUCUGCUGCUUUUCUUUUUUGCUUCGGGGAGGAAUAAAGUAUAUCUCAUCAGCACAUGCUUUGUUUUAAGCAUUUUAAAAGUAAUUUUUUGUAUUAUUAAUAAUAUUCUUUCUGCUUGGUUGGCAGCCCCAGAAGUGAUCAGUGCACAUGACUAUAGCCAACAGUGUGAUGUUUGGAGCAUAGGUGUCAUUAUGUAUAUGCUGUAAGUAGCUUGUAACAUUUAUAUAAAAUGAAAAUAUCCAUCCUAAAGAACGUAACUUUGUAUUUAAUCUUCCCUUUUUAAAAAAAUAAAAUAAGGGUUGUUACUUGGUUUGGCUACAUACUAGCUGAAAUUAUUCAUUGCUUAGGUUGUCUUUCUUGACUCCUUUUUAACAGGAUUGGUUAAUCUUUUCGGUACAAUUAAACCUCAAUUCUAGAUACUCUUUCAAAUAGGUGUGCUUAGGAUCAAAGCUUUAGAAUGUACAUGUCUAGGCAGCGUGAAGGGUCAGGCUAUUAUUGACAAUAUCUUUUUAAUGAAAAAUAAGGUUUCAUGAAAAUGUGGUCCAUUCUUUCUGUCAGUGUUGGCGUAGACUUGACAGAACUGGGAACCAUUUGCCAUUGCUGCCACUGCUCAAGGCAUUUGCUUACACUGUCUGCCCAUUGUACUGCACAAUUUUAUAUACGGUGUCCAGUGUAUUUAGACAUUGUUUAAAAAUUAAAAUUUAAAUUUUUAAUGACUUACUAUAUUUGAAGAGUACAACAUAUUGUAUAAUAGAAGAAUACAGUAAGAGAAACAAAUUAUUCCAGAUACACCAGUAAAUGUUUUUACUUCUCCAGUUCUUGUAAUUAUUCAUAUGUUUUAAUAGAGUAAUUCAAAAUAAUCUAAAACCUCCAUUUGAUUGUGGGAAUAAUGAAUUUACUCUGUUAUAUUUAUUUGUGCAUAAGAGAAAAUGCUCAGAUUAAGCAAACAAAAGCUGAAAUUUUGUAUGUAUUAUUAUUAUUUUAAAAAAAAUUAAGAAAAAAACCCACACGGCAUGUGGAUCCAGGGUUUUAAAGUAUUUUUCCUUUAAUGAAACCUUUCAACUAAGCAAACGAAACGUGAAAUUGUGGCAGAGGAUUGUAUCCAAUCCUGCUGUUCCACUCGUGCAACAUACUUUUGCUUGCUCAACUGAACUCGCUUCUCUCAUCUCUCCUGCAGCACUUGCACACGCUCAAGAUCUGUCCCAGAGGGUCGAGGGGGGUCCCCCGGGAGCACAUUUUGGGGGUGCGCAGGUUGAGAAAAUGAAAGGAAAGUCCUAGUGUUUCAGGGAACUCAGCUUAUGCAGUGCUAAAUACAACCCAGAGCCCCUUUGAUGUGCAGAGAAAGACUUUCCCAUCAGCUCUUCUUGGCUAAAAGUGCUACUUUGGGCUAAACAUGAGAUGACAACGGGAGUAAACCUUCCUACCCCCGCCUCACCCUGUGUAACCAAACUGCUCCCAGCAGUGUUGGGCUCUGAUAGGUUAACUAGCAACAACAUCUCUGUUCUGGACAAGUGCAAACAGAGGAAGAACAUGCAUCUUACCUUAAGCUGAUGUAGUAGGGGGUGUACCACUCCCCCACCUAUUGUUCCUUCAACUCCUUCAGUGUAGCUUUUCUGCAUACCAUAAAAAGAUUGAACAGCUUUAUUGCUUUUCUUUCUUUUAAUUUGUGGCACAAACUGUGUUCUACAAACUUUUUAAUGCUGAGGCAGUACCAGUUUUAUGGCCAUACUUUACAGUAUUAAUGUUGCCACUGAAGAAGUCACAUUUGCACAGUAUAGCACAGCUGAAUGCAUUAUAAAUUGGGCUGGGGUAACUGAAAUACCUGAUUGGCCAAUAAGAAUUCCAUGCUGUUUCUGCAAUUUGCACAAUUCACAGGCCUUGUAAAAACACAGAACAGUGAAUUGUGCUGAUUGUAGUCACAGCUCAGGACUCCUGACAUUAUACUUUAAUUAACAUAUAAAUAUUUUAAAUUAGCAUUUUAUAAUCACAAUAGUAUUAUAACAAUGCAACAUUAUAUUGCACUUCAUCCAGAUGACAGUUAAAAAACCCACAAACAUACUGCCUAAGUAUUAAUAGAAUCUACUUCACACCCCUUUUAUUGCUGCAAAUGGUAUUCAAGAGAUAUAUAAGAUAUGUGUUUAAUUUUCAUCCAGUUUUCAUAAGCAACACACCCUACUAUUGUUAGCUGGACUUUUGAGCCACAAUGUCUAAGUGAAUGCUUAAUGUUGCCAUUGCUACAUGAUGUUCCCUGUAGCUGAAUGAGUCUGCAUUCACCUUCUAGCAGCCAAAGCAAUGACAAAAGUACAGAUGGCAUGACUUAUCUUAACAAGUGCUUAUCUGUUAGAAUCGGCUUGAUCUUGAGCUACCUAGGAAAUCCAGGCCUUAAGAUUUGAGACAUUUGUUCAGAUUUGUUGAAUUUUGCAUGUGAUGUGUUUGUAUAAUAGAAUAAUGCUGCUGUGAUGCUUUUAAUGGAAUGUAUCUGUAAUUUGCUUGGCAUUUCUCUUUUAGCAUAGGCCAGUAAAACAACAAGCAAUUAUGUUUUUAUUGAGCUCCUCGUGGGCUGUGUUUGGCUUAGUUUCGUAGACCACAAGUUUCGUAGACCACAAGGCGCAUAGUAGCAUUUUAUGUGGCCAAUAUUUUUCUCACUGCAUCUUACAAAGCAGCUAUGCUGCCAAACAGGAUUGAAGCAAAAAUUCUCCCAGUUUCUCUGGAACAAUUUCAACAGUGCUGAAAUAACACUAAUUUUUCUUUAAUGCCUAUGAAAUAUUUUCAAAUUCUUUAUCCUCAGUUAGGUUUGCUUGCCAUCAAGUGAUAUAACCAUGUAGCCAAAGCUGAUUGGCCAAAUAUCCAUACACUGUAUGAUCCUUGGUUGCCCAGAAUCAUCUAUGUGACUUAUUCUGGAAUAAGUGCUGUCACAUUCUCAAUAGACUUUAUUUAACCUCAGUGACAUAAUCAUGUAGCCCUCGGGUCACAAGUCAUUUUGGACCAGGGAACACAUUUUAAUUUUCAGAGUGCUGGGAAUGCCAGUCACAAAAUGGCUGCCACAGGAGUGUGGCAGAACGCAAAAUUAAAGAGGCCUAGAAAAUAGAACGGAAGUAGGAAAAGUACAUUGCCACAGGCUUGUAUUGGUGUCACUGGCAGCAACUGGCACCCAGGGCCCCAUAUUAUUUGUGUGGGUGCUCGGCAUUCACACUGUGAGGCCUCUGAUGCUACUUCCAGUGCUUUGUGAGGCCCAAAAGUUGCAUUGGAGGCCUUGCACGGACUUGGAGGUCGCAUCUGAGGCCUCUAAGGCAACUUCCAGGAGGAACUGGAAGUCAUGUCCGAGACCUCUCAGGGCCUUGAAAUCACGUCUGAGGCUUUGCAAGGCCUCUGACGCAUUGUGUAAUUUAGGCACAUCACCAGGAAUGGCUCUGUUUGUGCCCUGCCCCUUCACUGUCCUAGUAUGUAACAAUGCUGUUGAUGCUUGAAGGCCAGAACAAUGGUAAGCCCCUUUCUGCUUUUACUCCUAUUAGCUUAUACAGUGGUAUCUUGGUUCUCAAACUUAAUCCGUUCUGGAAGUUCGUUCAACUCCUGAAAUCAUUCAAAAACCAAGGCACAGCUUCUGAUUGGCUGCAGGAGCUUCCUGCACUCAAGCGGAAGCUGUGUCAGAUGUUCUGCUUCCGAAAAACAUUCAAAAACCAGAACACUUACUUCCAGGUUUUUGGUGUUUGGGAGCUGAUUUGUUCGUCAACCAAGCCAUUCAAGAACCAAGGUACCACUGUAUAUCAUGUCUGUUGUGUUUUUGAGGAUAUUCUGGGUUAAAAAUCCAUCAAAUAAAUAUAUGAGACUUGUGAGAACUGUCAUUUGAAAAUAAAUUGCUAAAAUGUUUACUUAUGGCAUUUCAUAGCAGAGUGAAAUAAACCUGAUGGUAAUGAUUCUACAUUUUGAUUUUGAGUGGCAGGCAUCCAUCAAGGAUAGGUGACAGCAUUUUCUAAAUCUACAGCAGACUUAAAAUUAAAGAAAAAAUACAUGCUCCCUACAUUUGGUGAAUCUGACCGCAUGCUUCUGUUCACUUUUUUGUCAUGUUACACUUAAUGGUAAUGUGUGCAAGUUCUAAAUUAGUGAUGAUGAGUAUUUUUUUAGAGAUCACCUGGUAUAAUUUCUUUUUCAUAAUUGUCAGGAGCUAGGGCAUUGGGCAGGUAUUCUAGGGCCUGGCUGUUUGUGUGAAUGCUCAUAUUAAUUUUUGACACCCAGUGGGGAAGGAGACUGGCAGGAAGGAGCCUAAGUUAACCAUCAGGUUCAUAUACUCUUUUCUUCUCGCACAGCCAGGAAAAGGAAUUUGCCACUGUUUAUUUUCUUUUUCCACUCAUCAAAUUGGAAGAGCCAUAGUUUAAAGCAAACUCUAAUCCAUUUCUAAGCAAGGAUUUCUUCCAAACACUGGUUAUGAAUCUAGUUUAACUAGCAUUCAGAGGCAGCCUACCACUCCACAGUGGAUCGCUGUUCGUAACAGGAAGCAGUCUUUCCCCAAAUUUCUUUUAACUCCACAAGGAACAUUUUCUGACACCCUUUCUUUCCUCUUUAAGCAAGAGUUGCAGAAUUGGCACCUCUUUUGUUUUGAGGAUUUGUUCUGAUAGUUCUCCCACUGUGUAUUCUGGAACUGGCUUGGGGAAGUUUUCUUGCAGUUGCUCCAGAGACAAAUCUUCUCCCGCUGCUCUUAUUUUUGAACCAAUAUGAUAUUUCCCUUCCUGCUCUUCUGCCUCUGGCCAAUACUUUGCUCUUUUUAUGGAUAUUGUGCACUGCAACCAAGAAGCUGCAAUGAGGAAUUUCCUAGCCUGGAUCAGAGGCCAAAAGCUAAUGGGUUAUUGGCCUAAAAAUUUGCUGGGGUUUAUUAUCUUGGAUUGUAAGCAGUGAUUAAAUCAUCGUUUCUUGGUUCUGAUAUCAUGGGAAACAGUGGUUUAACAAGCCAGGAUAGAUGCAUCAAAGCCAAGUAUAAGAGAAAAGGAGGGGGAGAAGGGUGAGGAAGAAAUGUGUAGGUACAGAAGAAAGUUUAAAAGGUUCACUCCGGUAUAAAUACUUUUUGCUAUUGCCUGAAUUAAUUUAGGAGGGAAAUCCCAGUAAGCCCUGGGUGAGGUGGGUGUUCCACUAAUGAGACAUUGAGAGGAAUGCUUCAUCCACUGAUCUCAGGGCUCAAUAGAGGGAUCAUAAGCAAAAUGUUCCUAGGCUAGGUAGCCAAACAUUCUUUUCUAGUAGUCAGCAAUCACACCACAAUACUGCCUAUGAAUGAGCAUGAGAUCAUUUCUAGACUAAUUGGACCUUACAAUCAGUGCUGCCGACAUAGCACGCACAAUGUGUUUAAGUCUUGUUCAGUGCAAUUCUAUGCUUGUCUAAUCAGAAGCAAGUCUCACUGAGUUCGGUGGACUUACUUGCAGGAAACUGUCUAUAGGACUACAGGCUUGUCUGAACAACAGCGUAAAAAUAUAGAUCAUAUGUCUUAAGAGACUAGCUGAGCUGAGCAGUCAAAAUCCGAGAAGCAGAGUUUUUGGUGCAAAGUUUUGCCAUUUCUGACAAAGAGUCAUCUUGUUUGGGAGCUUAAACUAGCUGUCUUAAACCUCCGGGGUUUCAAAAUCAUUUGGAUUUUGUUUGUUUCAGAAAACAAAAAUGUUAUAUAGAAUUUGAAUGUUUAUAUAGAGAAAAAACAACAAUGUACAUUCGUUUUAAAAGCAACAAUGGAGAUAUAAUAACCUGGCUUAAACUCCUAUCCAAAAGAAUGUAUUGCAAAUGUGAAGAACAGCUUGCUUAUACUAUCUAGACUAGACUUGCAGCCACCUCUCAAAUCCUCACGGGGCUUCUAUCUUUUAAACAUAUAUAUGUACUAAUCAGAAUAUAAAGCAGCCUUCCUUUUUUGCUUCCUGCAAAACAGAUUAUGUGGUGAUCCACCUUUUAUGGCAGGCUCUGAAGAAAAGCUUUUUGAACUUAUAAAGAAAGGAGAUCUUCAUUUUAAACAUUCAAUCUGGGAUACAGUCAGUAAGGCUGGUAAGUAGGCAACUGUACGAUAAAAACAAACAACAACAUCCCCAGCAUGAAAUUCAACAAAUUGUUGCAAUAUUUUGACCUUUUUAUUACCAUUAAGUACUGUGUUUUCUCAUAAAUGUAAAAUUGAUGCUAAAGAAAAUUCACAGAACUGUUGCCAUGAAUUAGCUUCACAGCAUUAGAGGUAAAAUACUCUGCUGGAUUAAAGCACUCAGAGACAACUGGGAGAUGUGUUUGUUAGCAGCUAACAGAAAUGAGGUUUACGAGUCUUUCUCUUUAUAGCCAAAGCUGUGUUGGAGCUGCUUCUGAGAGUAGACCCUGCCCACAGAAUGACUGCUAAUGAAUUGCUUCACAUCCAGUGGAUAACAGUAAGUUGCUGCUGUUGUUUUUUUUUUUAAAAAAAUCCUAAAUAUUUGCCUUAUUUUUCUUUUUAUUUGUGAAAAUGUUUCUCCCUCACCUCCCUCAGAUAAUAGCCAUAUCCCAAUUUUUCUGAAGGCUCUACUACGUUACAACAAGUAAGAUGGUAAGACAUUCGUCAUUUGCCUUAUAUGCAUCUAAAUUGUACUUACAGCAUUUGGUGUAUCUGCCAGUAUAUAAACAAUGACACAAGUCACUGUGAGGGCUUACUGGGCUUUUAUAGACUGUGUAAACAGGAACAAAAAUCCGGGCCACAAAUUACUACAUUUCUCCUUCUACUCCCUCCAGAUUCUGCCAACUCUUCAUGACCUUUCUUAGUGUAGUUCCAAUUGUCAGAAUUCUGAUCCAGACACUGAGUUGCAUAUUCCAUCUGUGUACAUGCAUACUUCAUUUUAUUGUUCUUCACUUUAAUACGCCUUGCAGAGAAUGGUCCUUUUCUGGCCACGGGAGUGGAGUUGGCUAGGGCUAGAACUAGGUUUUCCCCCCUUCUGUCCCUGCAGCCAGGGAAGCCUGGCUUAAUAGACUACAGUAUAGUGUAAACAUAUCUUUUCUAUGUAUGCACUGGGAAACAAAAAGAAAAAGAAAAAGUGAGACUUCCUUCGUUAUGAUAUUCGCUUUAUUGCAGUGGUCUGGAACCAAACCCGCAAUAUCUCCGAGGUAUGUGUAUAUAUUUUUGUUAACUGAAAGCAUAAGCAGAAUCAAGGGCACUAUCCACAGGGAACUUCUCUUGCAAACUUCAUUUAAAUGGAGUGCAUGGAUGGUUGUUCCCCAAAGCAAAUGUAUCCACAUUUAAGCAAGCAGUAUAGGUAAACUACAGCAUGAACACCCUACAAAACAAAUAUUAUUUUCCCAGUAUAUCUGAAGUUUUGGUGAUUACAGAGGUUCGCUGAUAAUAAUGGAAGCAAUUAUUUAAACAACAAUAAUAUAGAAAUGAAUAAGAUGUUAUGCGCUUUUGAUUACUUUUCCAUACUUUACACAUUUCUAUUUGUUCCAGUCCAUUUCUAGCAAAGGUUUCAUCCUAAGGCUCCCCUCCCCCAUGAAGAACAAGAUCAGCUUUGCUAGUGAGAUGUUUAAUAAUGGAAUGUCGGUUACUGUCUUAUAUAGGGCAGCCUAGUGUUACCAGAACUUAACAGUUCUCUGCUUUCCUGUAGCAGGGCCGCCUUGUGCAGACUGGGCAGAAUCUUCAGGAGGUGGGGUCCAUGUAUGGGGCUAACUAGGUCUUGCAGAAAUUCCUGGGAGCUUCUACACUAUCACAAGGCUUAUGGGGAAGAUGCAGGGCUUAUCUUAGUCUCAAAAGGAGCCCUUGACUUUGGGAAUUGGUCUGUUCUUGUCCAUGGCUUCACCAUGCACCUUCCCUCCCUCGGAGUAAAGACAUUUGCUGGGAACUUGUUUGGUUUCCCGGAAAGGAAUUUUGCUCAUAUCUUGAUUGGCCCAUAAUGUAAGGUUUUCACCUUCAUCUCAGCAAGAGCUGUUUACAUUUUUAGGUGUUCAUCUUUGUUUUCUCUGUCACAACUUGAGCAGGAUAAGGCAUUGGGCAAGACCAUUAAUAUAGUGGGGACUUGGAGGUGGUGUUUUAGCCCUCAGCCCUGGCUUGAGCAGGGCAGGCCUUUCACUGUUUGUCCCAGGUUGCCAGCCAGAACUCAGAUGCUUGUCCCAUAGUACGCUGAGGACUGUUAUGCUGGCAACCCACAGGAGGUGGCCUCACCAGAUGGGCUAGGGGCACUGCCUUCUUAUAAAAGGUGAGAUCUCUGCUAUCCAGUCCUUGCCCUGUGCCUAGCCAACUGCACAUACUUGCUGUAUCAAUAGGGUUGCAAUCUAUUUUCACCCAUAUCUGGAUUGUCCAUAUCCAGUUGUCCUUUCUUCUACCUUUGGGGGUUAGGCACUUCAUGCAUGGUACACAGCUUUAGGGUUUGCAAUCACUGAAGCUUUCAGAGCAUUUGACAGAGGGAUAGCUGUUGAAAUGACAAGCAUUUGGGCAGAAUUAUCACAGAAUAUCACAGACGCGGGUGGCGCUGUGGGUAAAACCUCAGCGCCUAGGACUUGCCGAUUGCAUGGUCAGUGGUUCGAAUCCCCGCGGUGGGGUGCGCUCCCGUCGUUCGGUCCCAGCGCCUGCCAACCUAGCAGUUCGAAAGCACCCCCGGGUGCAAGUAGAUAAAUAGGGACCGCUUACCAGCGGGAAGGUAAACGGCGUUCCGCGUGCUGCGCUGGCUCGCCAGAUGCAGCUUGUCACGCUGGCCACGUGACCCGGAAGUGUCUGCGGACAGCGCUGGCUCCCGGCCUAUAGAGUGAGAUGAGCGCACAACCCUAGAGUCUGUCAAGACUGGCCUGUACGGGCAGGGGUACCUUUACCUUUUUAUCACAGAAUUCUAAUAGCUGCUAUUUUAUGUAAAGUGCUAAUUCAAAAAUCUGUGAUUGGUUAUCCUUUGGAGCAGAGAUAGCAAUGGUUAAAAGCUUCUAUCAGUGUUGUUUUUUCUCCAUACACUGCUGCAAACAAACUGAAAUUAUGUUGCAUCUAUUUCUGGAUUAUUUUUGCAUAAUUGCUAUAGUUUUUUCCUCGUACUCUUUACCCAAAUAAACAGCUGUUUAUUUAUCAAUAGGAUUGGUUGUUAGAUUUCCCCCCCCUUGUGCCCACAGAUGGACAGAAGGUCUUGUUUGUUAGAUGUUUAUAAUUAAAUUACUCCCACCCACCUCAGUUCCCAAAUUUAUGUAAGAACUCAUGUUAUGUUAAUGCAGAAAAGUGUUUAGAGAUACUAGGGUAAAUGUGCAUUUCACGAGUGCCUCAAAUAUUUCAUAUUCGUAUUUGCUUCUGCGUAAUCUGAGUUUCACUCUUCCUAAUGCAUAGUCUUCUAGUUUGUAAAACCAAGCACACUGCUUCUCAGUUCAGCAAGUUGGUCCAUACUGCACACGAUGGAACAUUUUGUCACUAGUGGGUAUUUCUUCAAUUCAUGAAUAAGUUCAGCACUUACAUUUUCAACUACUGAGGCUGCUUCUCCUUCCUUUUGCCCCUCCACUUCCCUUUUUGAUCACACAAGUGUGUUCUCCAGUGCGUGGCCUAUCCCUCACAAAAUAAUAAUAAAAAUCAGUCACCAGUUAACUGACCAUUCUGUGUGAAUAUUCAUUUAUUUUUCACCACACACAAAUACCGUAAAAGGUUCUUAAACUAUGCCUUACUUUUGGAACAUUUUCUCCAACAAACCUUUAUUUUUGUCCGGAAGCUGUGGUGUGGGAGUACUGCCAUUCAGAACAGAGUCUAGCAGAGAUCACAGAAUGGAAAAUGUGUUUCUGACAUACGUUGGGUGCCAUAUGAUGGAGGGGCACACUGUUCCCUUCUAUGCCUUGAAUCUCACUGACAUGCACUCCCUUAAAAUAUGAACAUAAAAAGCUUGAAGGAAAGACAAAAGAAAAUGAAACAAUCUAAAAGGCAACCAAUUAGUAAUCCUCCACUUUCCCCACAAUCAGCACCAGAUGCUAGCCAAUUAAACUCAACAGGUGCUCAAAUGAGGCAAUACAGACAAUUAACUUAAGUGGUUCCACUUUCUUAAAAACUGUCAGAACACAACCACCCCAUUUCAUGUGCUAUUUAAGUAUUUGUAGCUCUUUAAAACAUAGUGCUUUUUUUCCUGAGGCCACAACUCAGCCUCUUAUUUUGUAGGUGCGAUUUGGUGCACUUAGAAAUUUAAUUACCUGAAUGUGCUUGCAAAUAAGGUAGUUAUUUGGAUGUCUGCAACAUCAAUUUGUCUACAGUUAAUUACAGAUGUAAAUUUGCACCUGCAAAAUUGGAGUCCACAUCUGAAAAUCAUUCUAUAAAUUUAGAAGGACUGGGAAUACAUUAUCCUGAUUCAUGUAGAACUAAUUCUCUCUAUGCAUGGCUAUCUUAUCCCAGCCUCCACCACUCAGAAACAACACACACAUACAUACCUUGUGCCAAAACCAUAGGAAGGCAAAGACUGAAAUAUACUGUUAAUAAAGACAAUAUAGUAUUGCGGUUGGAAAAGAAGGUGUAAAUCUAGUUAUAUUGCUUGGAAUGUAUGGAUCCAUUGUCAUGUAUGGAUUUAUGGUAUGGUCAAAACCUUAUGAUACAUUUCUUUAAAUGGAAAAGAUUCACACACCUGUUAUUUUUAGACACGUAUAAGCAAACUUUUAAAAACAUAGUGCUUGGGUUUUUUUAAAAAACAAAGUAUUUCUUGCUUAAAGCAUUAGGUUGAAUGCUUGUAUCUCUUAAAGAUACUGAAUCUUCACUGUGAAUCACUUUGCAUUUAUUGGAUUCAACAUCCAUGGGGAAGAUUUUCCCCACAACAGAUCAAACCCAUAAUCUUUCUUUAAGUGGGCCCACACACAUGACUUUCCUGUUCCAGUCUUAAAGAAGCUGAUGCUGAUACAUUAUAUGGAGAAGACAAAGCUACAAGGCUGCUUUUACGUUUAUAGUCCUUUCCCCUCAGUGUGUUGGGGGGGGUAACUGCUAGUUUCAAAUAGACAGGUAUUAUACCCCUAGAGACUUUCAGAACCAAAAGCUUAUAAAGACUCAAAAAAGUGAAGAAAUCCAUUGGGAGAAAAUUCACUAAAAAUAGUGCUUAUUUAUAUAUUUAAGAUCCAUUUAUUUCUAUGGAAAUUGAUAUGUGUCCAUAAUGAGCAUUACACAAAUACAAGAAUGGGUCUGUAAAGCUAAGUAAGUUAAUAUAUAAGAACACAAUGCAAGCCUUGGUCUAACUUGCUCAAGUUCUUUACUGAAACAUUUUUGGCAUGGAAUUGAAGUGGGAGGGGUAUGUCCUCCUCUCUCCACCAGGAUUAUAAUUGCUUGUUGCCUAGGUCGUUGCUUAGGAAAUCUGUUUUUGAAAGACCUUAUAUUAGGUCUUUUCCUAUUUGAUCCAUCCAUAAGCCAUAUUUAUGUCAUUAAACCACAUACCCAAUUGGAUUUGGUUACAAUGAUAGUGUCACAAAGUUAAUUCAGAAUAAGGACAUAAAGCAGUCUCCUCACGCUGAAUGGUUGCUGAAGAAAAAUAAGUAAAGCUGUUUUCACUCUUGUUCUUGGUUCCACUCCACAGAAAUUACUAUGAAGGAACACAGGAGCAAAAAUAUGUUCACACAAACCUCUUUUCAUGUUUUUGGCUCAAGUCUAAAAAAAGAAACGUUUAGGAUUCCAUAGAAUCUGCAUUUGUGGGCAUCAAAGUAUCUGAUGCCAUAUACUGCAGCUUGUUUUGUCUUUCUAGUAUUGUUUUUUUUUACUCUACCUCUUUUCCUUUGCCUGGCUUUAGUAGACACUUGUUGCUGCUGUGCCAUGAAAAAAAUAGUUACAUUUGUCCUGUUAGUCAAAAAUGCUUCUAAAACUUCUAGGUGAAUAGGACUUUGUGCUUGACAACUUUGUGGAGCUUUUGGGAAAACAGCUUGCCACCAGGCAGGCAAAAUCAUUUUCAGAUUUUAUUGGACUUGCAUACUUGUGAUAGAAAAUCAAUGAAGGUACGGAGGGGUUGCCAAAGCAAUUGACUUUCUAAUAAGUGUACCAGUGCUAUUUGUAAUUGCCUACAGGUGGGUGUUCCAUCUUGCCACCUCAAGAAGUAGUUGUAAGGAGGAUCAAAAAAAGGUGCCACCUAGGAUAAGGUAUAGAUGGCAUCAGCUGUUUUUAGAAUGUUCUGGCCAAAAAGAAGAGGAAUGCAUGUGCUACAAUAUAAUUCCCAAUGUAAAACUCUUCAUUAUCAUUAUUUUGUUUUGUGGGGAGAAAAUCAGUUUGUUUGGUUUUUUUAAAAAAGAGGAGCUUUCUCUCUUUGGACUUUUAUAAUAAAAGAAUUAAUGAAACACCUUGGCUUCCAGAAAUAAAGGCCUGAACAUAAAUGGUUUAUUAUUUCUUUAGGGUGAAACAGACAUUUUCCCAAGGCCAUGUAAUGUCCUAGAAUUGAUGAAGAAGUGGAAUAAUGACAUCAACACAGACAACAGAGAAGUAGACCUUCUGGAAGUUGAACUGAAUGGCGCAUCAUCAACUUCACAACAAGAAAUCCGUGAAGAGCAUGAUAGACUUACUAGCAGCAAUGGCAACUUAGAGGCCAGUAUAGAAACAGAAACAGAGAGUGGGAGCAGCAAAUCCUCCACGCCGACAAAACAAGUAAAAGUUUACCUGGUAUUUCUAAGAUUAAAUCAAUCUUAGGGGUGGGGCACCUCAGUCCUAGGAACCAAAAGUGUCUCUCUAGGAAUCUCUGUCUGGCCCAGACUCUCCCUGGGCCACACCUGCUGCUGGACCAGUUUUGCAGCCUCCUUGAGUGUUUUGGUUUGGCUGGAAUGUGUCUUCAAACUCUGAUAAAUGCUUCUUGCUUUCCCUGAUGAAAAUAGAGAGGGUGUGUAAAUUUUGUAUGGAAACUCACCUAAUGUACACAGGUAAAAUUCACAUUUGCUCCUGUGCAUACUUUUGCCUCUGGCCCUGCCUCUCAUUGGUGUGUAGCCCUCAGAAGUUUGCACAGCGGGGCAGCCAUCAGGCUGAAAUUACUACUACUACUACUACUACUACUACACCCUGUCCAUCUGACUGGGUUGCCCACCCCUGAACUAGAUAAUAGCAUAGAGCAGUGCUGGUAAAGGCAAGGUUUGUGUUAAGGAGAAUCAAAGUUUAUGAAUCGUAGUUACCUUUUACAGAACUUUUACAGUUACUUUUUUAUAGAACAACAUGUAUUCUUUUUCAGACUCAUAAGAAAAAAAACCACAGCAACACUUUACCAAAUGGGACAUUGCGGAAGAAAAGUUCAUAUAACAAGUCAGCUUCCAACGUAAGCAUAUUUAUAAAAUCAGCCGCUCUCUCUUAACUGAAGGGUCAUUUCAGCUAUGUGUUGGCUGCCAUAUAAGUACUUUAGAUGCUUUUGUAGUUGGUAUUGUGCUUGCAGCAGGCUGGGAUCACAUUUUAAAUGUGCCUCUAAGUAGAUGGUCUACAUGUCAUUGCCCUGAGUCCCACGAUAAGAAAAGGGAAUUGGGGCACUUGCAUGUAGAGCUCCCAUUAGUGGAUGCUGGUUGAUACCUAGGUGUCUAGGAGCAAGCAUAGUGGCAGUCUCACGCAGUCCCAGCAUCUUAACCAACAGCAUACCAAGAGGCUAAAUAAAACUGCUCUGAAUCAUUUAGAGGAUUUGAUUCUGACGAAGCAGAUUCUCUUGUAAUUUAUAGAGGUUGGUUUAGUUAGGUAGCUUCCAUAUAUCAACUUGUGUGAUUUAUAGUCUUUUUUUUAUUGGUAACUGCUUUCUCAUUGUUCUUGGUGUGUAAACUUGGUGCAGAAGUUUUCAUUACUCUAGCCUUCAAAACCUUCCUUGCUUCAGUCUUUGUGGUGCCGUAGUUCUUGCCACUACAGAAAUACUUUGCAAAGUAGAUGGCGUUCAUUUCAGUCCUAUAGAUGAUGUCAUCAGGAAGGGAAGUCUGCUAGCGUGGGCAAAGAUGUGAUAAAGCUAUCAAUGUUUCCAACAUUUAGGGUUUCUUAGUUCAGGGGGAAAAGGCAAGUAUGCGGGGGACAUGAUAGAGGUAAAUAGAAUUAUGCAUUGUGUGGAGAAGGUGGGUAGGGAAUUUUUCUGCCUCUCUCAUAAUACAAAAACUCAAGACCACCCAGUGAAGCUGAACAUUGGAAGAUUCAGGACAGACAAAAGAAAGUACUUCUUCACACAGUGCAUAGUUAAACUAAGGAAUUCAUUCCCAGGAGAGGUAGUUGCAGCCAUCAGUUUGGAUGGCUUUAAAAGACUGGACAAGUUAAUGAAGGAUAGGGCUAUUGGUGGCUACUACCCAUGAUGGUUGUAUUCUGCUUCCAGUGUUGGAGGCAGUGUGCUUCUGAAUUCCAGUUGCUGAGGUUUAAAAAGAUACGGAGAGUGCUGUCACAUUCUGGUCCUGUUUGUGGGCUUUCCAUAGACAUUUGGUUAGUCAGUGUGAGAACAGGGAGUUGGAAUAGAUGGGCCCAAUAGAAUUGUAGAGUUGGAAGGGACACAAGAGUCAUCUAGUCCAGCCCCCUGCAAUGCAGGAAUCUUUUGUCCAACGUGGGGCUCAAACUCAAGACCCUGAGGUUAAGAGUCUCAAACUGCUUUGGUGAUGCAAUAUUGCAUAGUUCCUUCUGUCUGGGACUGGAGUGUGAUGGAAUACAAAGUCAGGGUCUGUUGCAGCUUGUUCUGUUAUUCUAUUACUGUUCCUUUACCUCUUUUCCUUUACCUUUCUUUAGUAGACACUCAUUGCUGCUGUGCUCUUCCUGGUACGUUUUGAGCAUCUGAGAGCUUUUUGGCCUAUUGGUUUUUAGCUUACAGAAUAUGGUUCUGCUGAGUAGUUAGACGAGGAUUCUUCCUACUCCUAACACCAUGUAUUAAUAAGAAUGCUGUCAAAUCUGAUUUGCUUUAUUGCAACGUAGCUCCAGUCAAAGUUGUCCUUUCCUAAUGACAUUGUAUAACUGAUCAGAAAUCAGAAAUUUCUACUACAAUUUGAACAGGCAUCAUCACAUGACUGUUUCUUCCUCCCAUUAAUAAAUGUGAUAUCAAAUGUACCCUGUGUUAAUUUGUGUUUUUGGUGUUGUUUGUUUUUAAGAUUCAGAGUGGUGGAAGUGGGUCGGUCUCUCCAGGAUCAGUUGUGAAACGGAUGCAGGAUAGCCAAGAGAAGAAAACUGAAAUGGAAAAGUCUUCCUUUUCUCCGAGUCAUGGGUCUCCAAGCAAAAGUUCACAAAAAUCAACUACCCUUAGUGGCCUACUCAAAACGAAAAAGAAAUCUUAGGGGGUAUCCAUCAACUCAAAACGAAGUUCUUACGAAGUAACUAGUGCCAAUGCCAAAAUGUGGCAGCUUUAUAAAAAGGACCAAUGUAGCCUGAACUCUUUUGCCUUUUUUUGUUGUUCUGAGAUCUAUAAUCAUCAAGAGAGCUCUAGCUUCACAGUAGUGCUGAUAAAAGUUCUGAAGCAGUGUGAAUUCCUAACCUAUGUGAGGGCAUCCACUGGUCGUAUUACUUUCAGAGCAAGAGCACAGAAUUGUGUUAAAAACCGGUCUUUUAUUUAUUGUAUUGUUCAGGCAAACGACUGGUUUCUUUCAAUCUACUUUCUAUGUUUUUCCUAAAUUUGCUUUGUAUUGUCACAAACAUUUGUUGCGUAGGGGAAUAAGGAGCCAAAAUAUGUAAUGGCUCGGUGGUAUGUAUGUAUGUAGAUUGUGUUUAUAACCCUGUAGGCAUUAUAAUCUGUGUACCAAGGUCAAUGGAUUUUGUUUCUGAUAUUUUUAUGGCACUUUAGUUUGUUUAGAAAACAUACUUUAAACAUUUUUAGGUAUUAUGAAAAUUGCUGAGGUUCAUAUUGCUGCUAAAACUCUUCUGUGUUCAAAUAAAACAGAUCUUAGAAAAAUAUUUUUCACAUGCUAGUUAAUCUUCAUUUUUGAAAGGAUGGAUUGUGCCGCAGAAGAAUCAUAUUUUUGUAAUAUGAUUCUUUUCUUUUAAAGAUAAAGCUCUUUUUGCUUAAAGUUUUUCAUUAGAUUAUUCUUGAAUGCUUAAACUUGACACAUUUUGCACUGUGCAUUAUUCAGACUGUCAGGCUAAAUAUUUGUGUAGUGGUCUCAUCCAUAUGCUUAAGAACAUUUGGUUCUUUUCAAACUUUUGUGGAAAAUUUAGUGUAGGUCUUCCUAUGAUUGCAAGCAACUGUGGGUCCUCAGUUUAUGCAGAAAUACCAGGUACUUCAGUGAAGCCUGUGAAUGAAGCAGAUUUCAUUCAAGAUGAUUAUGCAGGGCAGUGCCAAGGGCCCAGUUCCAUGUAAGCUGCAGGUUCCCCAGAGGUUCCUAGUUCCUGGUACCUGCAAGUGACUUAAUGUGGGCACGCUGCCACUCAGACUUUUCAAGCCAAUGAUGGCAUUUUAGAUGUUCACAAUAUCAUUUUGGAUUUAAUUUGUAUGACUUGAUAAAUAAUUCGAUAUGUCCAGAUAGAUAGUUGGAUACAUCCAAACUUUCCCCAAAUAUGCAUGGGUGAUAAGGAGGUUGCCUCUUUCUACUUCAGAUCUUGAUGUCUUACCUUUACUUCAUGGGAAGAAUUUAAUAUUUUACUAUUAAUGUGUAAUAGUAAAGUUACGAAUGUUAUAACCAUUUACAUUAAAGUACUUCUCUUAAUUUAGCUGGUCUUAAAGACUAACCCCCCACCCCCCAAAAAAAAUAAAUUCAGGCUAUUUUCAGCAAAACCUUGUCCCAGAUACUGGAUCUGACAGCCUCUCUGGUUUGAUAUGAAAUGGUCAGAGUAUCUUAAAAAGUCGAACUAGCUUUCUGAGUCUCCUGACAGAGGUGCAAUAGGUCCCUUUUGUUCUAAAAGACCAGAUCUAGUUGGCUAUUAGCUCUUGGCACCAGUUAUUUUCCUUUAGUCAGAUAAUUGCUUGUAGGCUAUGCCAGGACAUGCUCUAUUAGAGCUGCAAAGGCAUCAUUAGCCAGCCUCGGGUCAAUCCUACCUGAUCGCAGGACUGGCUUAGUUGCAAACUGACUAUGUAGCGUUAAGGUCGAUUCUAUUUUGUGUUCAAAUAAGUCCUUGACUAUUGUAAAUGGAAUUUUAAUGACUGGGGCUGACAUAUACUGUGCCCUUUGCUCUUUUGUACCCUGGACCCAGGGACAUAUAGAAUUUUAAAUAAAAGAAAAUAUGUCAGUCACGUUACCUCACAACUGGGAGGACUUGUUUAUGUACUUAUUUAAAUACAUAACUUUUGCUUUGUUAUGAUGAAACUUUGGGUAGCCAGUGCACUGCUUUUAUAGUGGCUAGUAUCUAGGUUUUGAAGUUGGAAAAUCCAGGGCCAAAUCGCCAUUUACCUUGAAGCUUAAUGGAGCAUCUCUUAGUGCUGCUGUGAAAUUAUGGGAGGAAGGAUGGGGUAGGGAUGCAAAAGUUAACACCACACCACCAUAUACUCAAGAAGCUUUGCCCCCUUAAAAGUAUCUAAACCUUAGAGCGCUUUAUAUUAAAAUGACAGCUUGCCUAUGCUAAUGCUUGUAUAGUUUGUAGUCAGUUGCACCACUGGGAAAACUGGAGGAAAGUACCCAAUCUGACAAGGCCUUAAUCAACAGCAGUCUGAUCCUUUAAAAAUGCAAUACUAGUUCAUUUGUUCAGCCUAUCUACAUGAAAAUUUGAUAGAUACAAUCACCUUGAAGAAUGUUUCAAAUAUUCAUGUUGAGAUACAACAGAGAACCUUUCUACUUAUGUUUUAAAAAGGGGGCCUGUGAGCCAUGCAAGUAGCUUUCACAAGUAUUAGCUUUGUUACACUGUAGAAUUUUACUAAUGAUGUAUUGAACCUAGUUAGUGAAACAGCUGUGGCUGGCUUUUACAAAUGUAUUUAUUUUGUAGAAUGCAUACUUCCUGCCCAUGCUCAGUGCUACACAAGAAAGAAAUGAGAUACAUGAAAAUGCCAAGCUAAAACGACUGUUGACGAUUCCCCCCCUCCCCCCAGAAAUUCCUCAGAGUCAGUAGAAAAUUAUGUCUCAGGACUGAAUUUGGUAUAUUCUGCACUGCUUCCUCGCAUUGUAUCAUAUCACAUCAGUAGGUAAAACUGUACUUUAUUAAUAUAUGGUUUAGAUUCCAUGCUGGGUGCACACUAUCAUUUAUGAGUAGCAGCAAGAUAUAUGUGGAAAUGUUCACAUUAUUCUUGCUCCACCAGGGUACAGUAGUAGUGUUGUUUCAAUGUCAUUUCUAAGAAGAUUUAAGAAUUACUCCAUAAUUUUGUUUUGCUUUGACUCUAUCUGCAUAUCAUACUUGUACUGGUGAAAACAUAAUUUGGAAGGGAUGCAGAGUAGUUGUGUAUAUUGUGUGACUUGAUAUACAAGAGCUGCAGGGUUACAUUCUACUCCUGUAUUACAUGCUACCAUCCUAGGGACAGGCGCUAUCCAAUGUUUUCUUUAAGUUACAGCAGCUGUCGUUCAAUUUAGAUGGAGGAAAUUUCAUACAGUGCUUGUUUUCUUGCUCUGUGCGAGUUACAUACUUAACAGAUUCCUUCAUACCCUGUCACUUAAAUUGCAUCCUUGGGAUUUGGAUAAGUAGUUACAGCUGCUUUUAACAAACAAAUGGUAUCAAUUUGAUCUGAUUUACUUAGAACAAUAGGGAUAUUCCAGGAUUCAGAAGUGGGAAAUAGCAUUCUGAGUGUGGGCAUUGCAGCCGUGCAGAUAGAAAGACCAGGAAAAAAAUUUCAUGGAUGAGGCUGUGGGGUGUGGGAUGGUUGGGGAUGAUGAGACUUUUAGUACAGCAACAUCUGGAGGGCCAAAAAUUAACCAGUCCUGGUCUAGGAUCUAUAUUUCUGGGAAAAUGAUAUGUCUCCACUCCCCCCCCCCUUUCAUCUUCAGAGAAGGCAUUCUUUCUGCAUUGUACUUGCAUUGCCUCCUAUAGUAACAGGGAAAUGAAGGGGAGAUUCACAUUAAAAGAGAGGAGGGGAUUUUUGUUUCCCCCAAAGGUUCUUGAAAUGGGGUAUUGCUGUGGAAAAGGGAAGAACAUUUUUUUAAAGGCUGCAUAAGCUUGCAUAUGAUACAGAAGAGAAUUCAUUUCACAGAAGAAGAAAAAAAAGAAAGCAUUACCAAAACUGGAUGGGCAUCUGAGUAGAGGGGUAUUGUGUCUUUUGGACAUCAUGAACCUGCUCACAUUAUAUAUGUACAUUGCAGAAGUAUCGGUUCCGAUAACUGCCUUGGAUUUGGGAGGAAGUGAAGUGAAUUAAUGUUUUGUGGCAGGCAUCAGGAGUUCCUCAGUAGGCAAAUGAGGUAGAAAACAUUGAAGCUGUCUUACAACAAAAGAGCUACAAGUCAAUAUUGGUUUUCCUGAAACAGAAGUAAUCUAUUCUAGCUUUUAUUGGUGAACUCUCACCAUUUGCUCUCACCAAUAUAACUGUUUAUAGGGCUAUCAUUCUCUUACUUAACCCAUUCUUUUACUAACACAGGGAUAACCAUAUCCUCCUCUAUGUCUCAAGUUGUUUCUGUUGCUAGGGAUGCUUAUGGCCAGGUUAGGCUGGUUCACUAGCUAUGUCUGGAGCAGGAUAGCCUGUCCUCUGCUCUGGUGACCUACUACCUGGGCUACUGUAAUGUGCUCUAUGUGAGGCCUUCCUUGAAGAUGGGUUGGAGGCUGCAGCUAGUGCAGAAUGUGGUUGCACUGGCCGCUAAUGAACUACUGUGCCCAAUUCAAGAAGUCAGUACUUGUGUACAAAGUCCUAAUUGGCUUGGGGCCCAAAUACCUAAAAGAGUGUCUUCCUCAAUAUCAGCUGGGAGAUUAUGUUGGUGGUGCCAUUGCUGGAUGCUCCCUGGUUGGCACUGACCCACGGCAGGGCUUUCUCGAUGACCCUUCCCUGUUUGUGGAAUGCCCACCGUGGCAUGAUGCAUCUGUGUUCCUCAUUAUUAACUUUCAGGACAACUUUGAUGACAGAUAAUGCUUCCUUGCAACUUUAAAAUUAUCAACUCCAAAAGCAUGUAACUCCUUUGCAUAUUUUUAGAUGUGUUUUUUUUAAGGUUUGAAACAUUUACAUUAUUAUUUUUUUAGUUGUUUGUAUUUAUCAUUUGAUCUAUGACUUUGGUGUUUGCUAGCCUGGGCUCCUUUGAGAAGCAAAGUGGGACAGAAAGUUAAUAAAUAAAUUUUAUAGGUCAAUUUGUUUUAACUGAAACUGAUUUGUAUGAUACCAUGGAUUUGCCUAGCUUGUUAAAAUUAUAACAUCUAAAUAUUCUGUGUGCCCAUAUGAGUUUAAAAUCUACUGCUCAGUUAUUUCCACAGUAGUUUCCUUACUGGCUCCAUCAAAUUCAGGACAUUCAAUGAUAAUUUAAAUAUACAUUUUUUUCCAGUUUGAAGUGCUGUUCCACAGCUAAAUCUAAUGAUUUAUAUGUUCAUGUUUGAUGGAUGAAAUAGUAUCCACCCUUAUUUUUACUGGAAGUUUCUGCAAAGGUCUAAGGGAUUGUUUAUAUCAACAUAGGUUUGGCUGUGUUGGCACCAGAUAUAUUUCACAAUUGUCCAUGUCUGAGUGCCCUUGCCUUUCUGCUCUGUAUGUCCAUUGAAUAAAAAAUAAAGUCAGUCAGGAGAAGUUCAA